GCUGCUGCAGCGCUGGGGGAAUUCGCCGCUGAGCUGCCGCCGGGACCGGAGCUGCCCGUCUCCUCUCUCUUUCUGUUGCGCUCCGCACCAUGAAGAUGAUGAGCUCCCCCUGGGCCCGCUUCUACUCCAACAGCUGCUGCAUGUGCUGCCAUGUCCGCACCGGGACCAUCAUCCUCGGCAUCUGGUACCUGGUAAGGAAGGGAGAGGCGAGCGGGGCGCAGGCACCCAAGGGCUCCGCGGUUAGGCUCCGGGUUUAGGGCCGCAGCGGCGUCCAGGCUGCGGGAGGGGCCCGACCCUGCGCAACUCGCACACCCGGGUAGCAGGUGGGUGGAGAAGCGCUUGCUUCCCGCUGAGAACCGGGCCCUGCGGAGUUUGCUGGCUUACCCGCCCUCAGGUUCUCCCAGCAGCAGCGAGGAAGACUGGGCUGUCCGCUUCUGGUACCCAACUUGCUCGCCCACCUGCGCCUUCUGCCUCUGGGCACCGCGCGGGGGGAGGUGGGGUCGAGGCAGCCCGGUCCUCCCUGCUGCACAUCUUCCCGACGGGGGGGGGGGAGGCUGUGUGCUUUACAUGCACACACACACACACACACACACACAGGCAGAGUAGCCCAGAACCCAAAUCUCUCUGCUCCAGCGCCGGGAGAAAGGGGGAAGCAACUGGAAUCUGGAAAGAGCCUUGCAGGAUUAGGCCCGUCUUGUCCGCCAUCCUAUUCUCACCACGGUCAUCAACCCAGAUGCGCACAAGCAGAUGGCAACGUCUCUCUCCCCGAUCGAGAAUACCGUACUGCCUCCGACCCUGUGUAGCCAGCGUGGCUUCUCCAGGAGUAUACGAAACCCUCCAUUUUAAUAUAGAAAACCUCGCUUGCUGGCAGUGCCCACUAUACCUGCCACCCUGCCAGAGAAAGGACAGGGAGUAGGCAGAAGGAUCUGCCUGCCUUCUUCACCUCUGCCCUUGGGGGGGGGGGGCACGGCAAAGAUGGAGAACCUGUGGCCCUCUAAAUGUUGUUGGAGUCAGAUUCCCAUCAGCCCCAGAUGGCUAGUGCUCAGGCACGAUGGGAGCUGGAGUCCAGGUUCCCUGUCCCUGCCCUGCCAAGAGUGGACAGGUGAGCCAGUGGAGGGAGAAGUGACUUUUUCUGGCAGCAAUCGCUUUCCUGUUUGCUAUGUGCCGUCCACAGGGAGAGGGGGAGGUGGGAGUGCAAAAAGGCAGUGACUGCUCCUCCCACACCUUUGCACGCCCGGUCACAGCCACUACCUUAUGUGCCAGACUGACACCUCCUUCUCUACCUGCUUGCCCUCAGUCUCUUUGUAAGCCCAGCCUGAACUUCUGCUUUACUGGGAGAGCAGGCUGGUGGAACCUUCCAGAGAGAACAUGCAUACAAGAAGCAGCCAACCUCUUUACUUUUUUCUUGCACACAAUCCUUGAGCAACCUAGCUGGGCUCUGUCCUCCUCACUGUGCCACUGAAGAAGGAAGAGGAGGCAGGCAGGCAGCAGCUGUUGCCGCCACUUGCUCACCUGUGCUCUCCCAGUGGCCAGCAUGGCAGGCUCAGUCAUACCACUGUACCUCCCAGAUGGAGCAUGCGGUUGAGAGGUAGUAGCGGCCAUUUUCCGGGAGUCGACACACAUUUGCCUGCUUGCCCCAGAGAAUUAUGGGAGCUAUUGUACUCCUUAUAGAGCUACAAUUCCCAGGACCCUUAAGAAACUACUGUUCCCAGAAUUCUUUGGGGGAAGUCAUAUGCCUUAAAUGUGUGGUGUGGAUGUAACCAAAGUUAAAGGAAUCCUCUUCCUUUUUUCCCCAUCUGUGGUAGCUUUUCAUGGGGUGGGUGGAAUUGGAUGGCCUUGUUACUGAAGUCCGGCUUACUGGUGUCAGAGUGUUUCAUCUCUAAAUAAAUUUACAGAAAAAUUGUAUCUUUAAAAAAUAUCCCAACAUGGUGGAACGUUUUGCUGUCCAAUAGGGGCCCAACACAUGCCAGCCAGCCCAGCACUCGUAAUCUCAACAGGAGCAUUAAGUUGACGAGAGAGAACAAAUUUUGCACUUCGGAAAUAGUAAUACUGAACAUAAUUUAUUAACCUUUGAGGUACUGCAUUUAGUUUAACAGCAAGGACUGCGGUGGAGAAGUUGAACCUACCUUUUGUAGCACCUAGCUCCAAGUUUAAGCUGUGACGUAGUUGGUCAAGUCUCUUCCUAUCCCCAUUUUCUAUCGGCCAAAAGGCAAUUUUAAUGACACACGUUCCUUGUUUGCUUUGAAAAUUGUUGGGAUAAAGAUUGUAAAACACUUUGUACAGUGAAGUGCUACGUAAAUAAUAAAUUGUAGUAAUUGACACUUGCAACUGAUGGGCGGUGUAGUCCAGCAGUAUUUGGAGGUGAUACAGGUUUCCCACACCUGCUAUAUUCAUGAUGUUAUUUCUGUGACUGCAGAUUGUUUUAACAUUGUGUUUUAAUGUUGUAACCCACACUGGGACCUUAGGGUGAAGCAUGGGUACACAAUAAUAAAAAUAAUAAUAAUAUACAUGUCCGUUUGGAAGCAUGUAUAUUGACGUCAAUGGGCCUGGCUGCUGGCUGUUGAUGUCAAUGGGCCUCACUCCUUGGUAAACGUGUAUUGGAUUUAGACUGCUUUUUGGUUUUGUUGCCUGGUGCUUUCUUUUAAAGCUCCUGCAAACCACUUUGGAUAUUUUAAUGGAAAAGUGGCGCUUAAAUAUUUUCAGUGCAUAAAAGAAUAACACAGUUACCCUUUGAAUGAGCGUCUGGGUGUACAUCAAAACCCUAAAAUGUAUUUUAUAUAAUUAACUUUUUAUUUCUAUUCUUUGUAUAUCGUAUUGUUGUUUUAUUGCUAUGGCCGAUGGCUGACACAAAUAAAGAUUCAUUCAUUCAUUCAUUCUGAGUGUACAUUUGAGAACUUAGUUGUAGUUGUGUGCCUGGGUCAGGAGUGGGGAUCCUGUGGUCCCACAGAUGAUGUUGGACCACAACUUACCUCAACCCCAGCCAAUGUGGCCAAUGGGAAGGAGUGAUAGGAGCUGUAUGCCAGCAGCAUCUUGGAGUCACAGGUUCCCCACCUCUGGUCAUCAUGGUACUAUAUGCUGUAUAAAAGUCCAAGGGGAAAUGAGUGGAAUUUUUUCAGUUUUUCAGCUCUUAUCUUUCCAUCAUUUUUUAAAUAGUAUUCCUAUAUACCAGGCAUGUCAAACUGCUCAACAACUUUGGUGAAGGCUCCCCCCCAAAAGCUCAAGCCAAUGAGUAGAUCACUGCCAGUUCUUUGUAGUGGAAGUAGUUCACAGUCUCUUAGGAGUUGGACAUGCCUGCUGUAUACCAAGAUGUUCUUGACUGGGGAGGGGCGGGGAAUUGGUGCAUAAUAAGCAGUUACACUUGCUUUCCAUUUCUCAGCUCUUAGCGCACAAAAAUGGUGGCAUGUACUUCAUUAUAAUUCCCUCCCCCAACCAAACUUCCUUCCCUACACCACUAUAUUAUUAUUAUUAUUAUUAUUAUUACCACCACAUUUAUAUCUUACCUUUCCUCCAAAGAUCUCAAGUAGUAUUCAUGCUUUUCCUUCUCCCCAUAUAAGCCUCACAACAACCCUAUGAGGUUGGGCUAAGCUGAGAGACAUUGACUGGCCCAAAGUCACCCAGUGAGCUUCAUGGCUGGGCGGGGAUUCGAACCCUGCUUUCCCAGGUCCUAAUCUGACACUCUAAAUACUACAGCAUGCUGGCCGUGUGGUUUGGAAAGUGCCAAACAACAAGCCAUAUGGGUGGCAGAUUCCAUCACCCUGCCUUUGGUAACUGCACAGUAGCUUCUACUGCAAAAUACUCAGAAGUUAGCCCCAUUGGCUUCAGGAUCCUGAGGCUGCAAUGCUAUGCACACUUACUAGGAGCAAAGAAGCAGAGGUCUGCCCUGUCUGUUGCCAUCUUCUCUCUGUCUCUCCACACUCAUGCUCCCUUCCAUUAUCCUGGCUCUUUGCCUCCUGUGUUGGCUCUCUGCCCUUUCUCCCUGUAGUUCAUGCUACUUUUGUGGAGGGAUGCUGACUUCAGCAGCUAAUGCUGCUUUUCAGAAGAGGAGUUUAUUUCUGGAGAGCUAACACCCUAAAGCGAUGUAUUAUUAGCAACGUAAUUCUUUAUAAGAUACAGUAAUUCCCUGCGGCUGCCACUGUUUGUAAAGCCCACAGGCAGUUUCCUUGACAGACGGGCCACAAAGUAUUUCGAAGUGCAGUACAAAAUGGAGUAUAUGAACUGUAAAGAAAAUGCAGAAUUGAAUCCGAGGUGCUUUAAAAAAAUAAAAAAAUAAAGGAACUUCUUGGUUUUUUUUAAUGUUUGAAAUUUUGUGUUUUGAACACCACAGCAUGUUUGCAUUUGUCUUUAGCAGGCUGCUGUGAAGAUGGAUUAACUGCACGGCAAUAUAAAUUAAGAUGAAGGUUGUUUCCCCAAAACUAUUUGAAAGGGAAGGAUCUAGCCUGGAUAGCUCAGUUGGUUAGAGCAUGGUGUUGAUAACGCCAAGGUUGCAGGUUUGAUCCCAUAUGGGACAGCUGCAUAUUCCUGCCUUGCAGGGGGUUGGACUAGACUUCAGGGGUCAGUAAACUUUUUCAGCAGGGGGCCGGUCCACUGUCCCUCAUACCUUGCAGGGGGCAGGACUAUAUUUUGGGGAAAAAUAAUAAUGAAUGAAUUCCCAUGCCCCACAACCCAGAGAUGCAUUUUAAAUAAAAGCACACAUUCUGCUCAUGUAAAAACACACUGAUUCCCGGGCUGGAUUUAGAAGGCAAUUGGGCUGGAUCCGGCCCCCGGGCCUUAGUUUGCCUACCCAUGGACUAGAGGAUCUUCAAGGUCCCUUCCAACUCUACGAUUGUCCACCCCUAAUCCGUCCCAGACCAGUUGAGAAGCAGUCGUGCUCAUUAGCAGAGCAAAUGCUUUGCAUACAGACUGUCCCAGGUACAAAGCCUGGUAUUCUCAUUUUUUAAAAAGGAAUAGUAAAAAGCAGUAGAAAUACUGCCUCUCUAAUCCUGCCUUUUGUUUGAGUAGCACCCCAAAGCCAACUUUCCAAAAUGCUGGGGAGGGAGAAGGAGGAGGAGUAAGGGACGUUUGCCUGUUAAUAAUAUAACGAGCAUAGCUUAGUGCCACUUGUUCUGCAUCUUAAUGACAUUUCCUCAGAUGAUCAUUGCAAGGCAGAUGCCUAAUCUUCUUUCAAAGCCAUCUAAGCCAGCAGCCAUGCAAUUAACGGAGGAGGGAAGGUCUGUGUGUGGGUAUGACUUAGCUAUGACCACGCAAUGGAACCUCCCAUGUUCGGAGCCAGUACAUCUGAAAAUACCAGGCGGUGGGGGCACACAAAAGCAACACUGGUUGAUUUGUGUUGGGUUAGGCAUUUGGCAAUGGGCGAGAGCAGCCUGGGAGGGACCCUUCACAUUGUGUUGCUGGGUAGGGAGGGAAUAAUCCCCAUUGGAUUCAAUGGGACAUUAUGGGCAGUAGAAAUAUAUAGGAUUGGAGAUGAUGAUGAUGAUGAUGAUGAUAUAUUAUUAUUAUUUAUACCCUGCCCAUCUGGCUGGGUUUCCCCAGCCACUCUGGGAAGCUUCCAACAGAAUAUUAAAAUACAAUAAUCUAUGAAACAUUAAAAGCUUCCCUAAACAGGGCUGCCUUCAGGUGUCUUCUAAAAGUCUGGUAGUUGUUGUUCUCUUUGACAUCUGGUGGGAGGGUGUUCCACAGGGCAGGCACCACUACCGAGAAGGCCCUUUGCCUGGUUCCCUGUGACUUGGCUUCUCGCAGUGAGGGAACCGCCAGAAGGCCCUCGGUGCUGGACCUCAGAUUCCAGGCAGAACGAUGAGGAUGGAGACGCUCCUUCAGGUAUACUGGACCAAGGCCAUUUAGGGCUUUAAAGGUUAGCACCAACAGUUUGAAUUGUGCUCGGAAAUGUACUGGGAGAUAUGCAGGGCAGAAGGGAAAUCACUUUGGAUAUGCUCAGCAGCACUCCUCUUAACUUCGCAUAAUGAAAGGACCAAGUCAAUAUCUUGGGGUGCAAUAUGAAAUAUACAUAGCACCUCAUUAGGUCUAGAGAAGUCUGCUACAUCCUGCUACGCUCCAUUUGUUUAUAAAAUGUCUUACCCACUUUUCAUUAUAAAUAGCAGGGAGCAAUACCAGUAAAAUCAUUCAGUAAAUAGCCAGUAAACCAGGCAAAAGCGCGUACACAGUGAAAUAGCUUUUUUUAAAAAAGUACAGCAGGGACACAUCCUGGGUUAAUAAAAGCCUGUGUGAAUUGCACCAAAAGCUUAUUCAGAGUGGAUUCUUCAGUACAGUAGUGGCAUCUGUAUCCACCAUAAGACUUUGGAUGAAUACAGACUUACUGCAUUAACAUUAAACCAGGUUUAAUUUCUCUCUCCUGUAGUUUUAGCUUCUGCUUAAAUCCUGAAAAUGUCUACCAAAAAAUACACUUUUUAAAAAAGAAAAAAAGCCUGAGGUUCAUUUGAGAGCAAUAUGCCACAUGGGAAUUGGAAAUUCAGCAACAACUUACUUGGUUCUGGAAGUCAACGGGGAGCAAAAAAUAGUUGGAACAGACCCAGUUUCUGUUAGGGUUUGGCAUACCUUGUUGGCAUUUAGAAUAAUCUACUUCCCAGAAGCCAGUGACGACAUUUUUCUGGGAUUCACAGUUAAAACCGACUAUUGUCUUUGCUGCCUUGUGUAGAAGAAGAUCAAGCAGGCGUUGGAGCCAGGACUGCUCAGGACUUUGCAUUUCAGCAGUGACAUCAUUGAAGAUUGCAGUUGGAUUUACUCAUUGAACUUUUUCCUUUUUCUUUUUUUUUUAAGCCUUAGGAAGCAACUGUAGAUUUUGAAGAUGAAAUUGACUUUAAGACAUUCCAACUAAAUAAUAGGAAAUUAUAUAUACGCAAGACUAAAUUAACAAUAACAUUUUCGAAAUCCUAUAGAACCGUUGGAGUCCCAUUCACUUUAAAGUGAAUGGGAAAUUGAUUUAGCAUUUUCAAUUAAUAUACGAAAGCUAAACAAAAUCGUUGGCAGGCACAUGUGAUAGUGUAUAGAAUAUUUAUAGGGUUGGGAGAGAGCCCUCCUUCCUCCUCCUGUCUGUCUCAUUUUGUUAAUGCAUCUCUGUUGUAGUUGUAAAGACUUAACUUUAUGUUGUAAAAGGUUUUCUGAAGCUUUUUCUAGAAUGGCACAAGUUUACAACCUUACAAAUGUAGAUGGAAUGUCUGGCUUGAGAGCAACUGGCCUCAAGACCCCUUUCUAAAAAGCUUUUACAAAUAUUUAUGAAUGAACAUUAGAGAUGUAAAAUAGGGAGGUGAUGGUCACAUUUGUAUGAAAUAGGGAGAUUAGGGUUAGAGUUAUACUGCACUUUUAGCAUGAUUCAUGUCAAGAAUAUCUUUUAGUCUGGAAUGAAUCUCUUGUGAAUAGAACUAUUUUGAAAGCAAACGUGUCAUAGUAAAAAAAUAGUUUGACUUACAAGUGUGUUAUAUGUAAAAGCAUAGACAAACACACAGAACUUCCAUGUAUAAACAUCCUAAAACUAAUUCAAGGAGACUAGUCUUUACUCUUGGAAGGGUUAUAAAAAAAAUUACAUGAAAAUGGCCUUUCAAUUAAUCAUUUUUAUGAGAGCAGCCUAACUAAAGCCGAUCAGGGUUGUUCAAGAUAUAGGUAACAGAAUAGAGAUAUCGGAAUCCCAUUUAUUAGACUGGUGUUUCGAUUGUGUAUGUGCAGUGGGAAUAUGUUUGCAGAAUCUCAGAUGGCAGCACAGAAAAUUUUGAGCACUGUUUCUGUAGCAGUACACAGCAGUUGUUGAGAAAUGUUUGUUUUAGCAGUUAGAAUCUGCAAAAGUGGGAGUGGUGGCAGGGAAGGAAUAAAUUGGAGGGCUAAGGAUGGAUCACCAUGGGUACUGAAUACCAAGCCACAUUGUUCAAGUAUUUCAGAGUUGUCUGAUGAGACUCUUGUCGCUAAAGAAAGACACCCCAGUAGAUCUUUUAACAUAUCUAUUUAGUUCUAAGCCAAAUUAGGCCAGGAGGCUGCCUUAUAUCAAAUCAGACCAUUGGUUCAUUCAGGUCAGUGUUGUCCAUUGUUUGAUGGACGUCUUCCAAGUCCAGCCUGCAGGUGCCAGGAUUGAACCUUGAUCCUUCUAUACCUAAGGCAUGUGUUUAUCACUGAGUAAUGGCCCAUCCCUUCUGCUACAAAGUUACGCUCAAAAUAUGGAUAGCUGUGAAAUUGAGAAUGGUGUCCUAUAUAGAUUCUCCUGGAUAGGAGAAGACUGCUAAUGCAAUGAAUUUAAAAGAAUGCUGUGGAGUAAGCAGAUGGGAUAGUCAGUCUGUCUGGCUAUGACCACUCAACUAGAAAAGCUUGUGCCUUCUCUUUAUUUUAUGAAUCACAUUUAGGUCCCACCAUUGUUCUGCAGAGUUCAUAGUGGUGUAAGUUUCCUAGGCAGUCUCCCAUCCAGACGCUGUACAGCCCUAGGCCUGCUUAGCUUAAAUGAGGUUGCUGCAUCACGUGCCUUUAGGCUAGGUUUGCCAGUAUCCUCCCUGGGCUUCAAGUGGAUGCCAUAGUUCACCCUCACUCUGGAAUUCUUGUGCCCUUCUCGGUCCUGCCUUUCUGUCUUUGUCACCAACGAGCAUUGAUUACUAUCGCUGCCUGGCCAGUAACAGUACCCGCAGUUUGUGUCCUGGCAAUUAUAUAGCAACAAAUGCUAUUGUCUUUCCGAGAGAAAUCGGAUAGUGUCUGCUUUGUCUUCUGUCUGCAUGUACAGCAUGCAGAACAACUGUCUCAGGCAAAUUUUUCCAUUAAGUGAAUUUUUAGAGGUGGUUUUAUUCCACAAAAGAACCUAGCCCCGCCCACCUUUUAAAGAUCGUGGGUACAGGGUUCAGUGCUUCUCUGACUGGGGUGAAUGUUGCGCCAUGAAGGCACAUUCUGAAAUGUUAGUGCACAGGCAUUUUUUUUAAUGGAUUGCUUCCUCUGAGCCUCACGGUUCUCCAGCUUUGGCCAACAUCCAAAUGUUGUAUUGCUGCUCCCAGACCAUUUGGAAACAUCGCAAACUGUGUCAGACCGUUGGUCCAGCUAAUUCUCCAGUAGUCUCUACAGUGGCUCCUCAGGGUUUCAGAUGGGGGUGGGCCUCUCUCAGCCCCACCUGGAGAUGCCAAAGAUUGAAGCAGAUGCUUUGGCACUGGGCUAUAGCCCUUCCCUAUACUGGCUGGGGCUGGUGAGGGGUGUAGUCCGAAACUUCUGCAGGACACUAGGGCAAAGGCUGUCCUGGAGCCAAAUGGGCAGCCAGCAGCCCACCAGCCACAUGGAGCCCUUGGCUCAAUCUCACAAGAGUGGGAGUCUCUGUUAAGGAGAGCCAGUGUGGUGUAGUGGUUGGACUGGGACCUGGGAGACGUUCCCAUUCAGCCACGAAACUCACCGGGUGACCUUGGGCCAGUCCCUGCCUCUCUCAGCCUAACUAACUUUGUUGUGGGGAUGAAAAGUGGAAGGAGACAGCCGUGCAUGCUGUCUUGAGCUCCUUGAAAUCAAAGGUGGGAUAAAAAUACGAAAAAUAGAUAAAACAAUAGAAGGAUGCUUGGGCUUAUGGAUGAGGGAAGAUGGAGCCAUGGGAGGGGAAAGGAGGCUUUCUACAUACAACCAGACUUCUAGUAAAAAGCAGUCUGCCCUUUUCCUUGCCAUCCACUGGGUUUCCCCAGUAGUGCGUUGGCAGGAAAUUUCGUUUAGGUCCUUGCCUCUAUCCCAGCUGUGCCUUUCCCCCUUUUCUCCACAUCCCUUUCCCCCAUGUGACUACACUGGUACCUCGGGUUAAGUACUUAAUUCGUUCCAGAGGUCCAUUCUUAACCUGAAGCACCACUUUAGCUAAUGGGGCUUCCUGCUGCCGCCACGCCGCCAGAGCACGAUUUCUGGUCUCAUCCUGAAGCAAAGUUCUUAACCCGAGGUAAUAUUUCUGGGUUAGCGGAGUCUGUAACCUGAAGCGUAUGUAACCUGAAGCGUAUGUAACCCAAGGUACCACUGUACUGUGUUCCAACAGAGCACUGAAGAUUGUACUUUUAAAUCUGUCGUGCCUGUAAGCACACAUGAUUCUCAUAUCCCUUUUUCUGUUCACUGUCUUGGACUUUCUGACAGCUGAGGGUCCCGUGCUCCCUUCCCACUGCUUGCUUCUUAAACUUCCUUUUUUUAAAGUUUCAUGGAUGGCAUAAGCUUAUCUAUAUCUAACUGGUCACAAUUCCUGGAAUGCCCGUGGGAAAGACACUGCACAUUCCAGUGUGACUCUGGUUGGGAUGCUGCAGAAUAGCUGCUGCAAGUUGUUGCUUUCUUUUGUUUUUUGUUCUUUCCAAAGCAAGGAACAAAAUACUCCAUGGCCACCUUUUAAAAUUAAGCAAGCUGCUACCUCCCAACAACGUUGGGGAAUUUUCCCCUGCUCCUGAUCUUCAAGGGCAUCUUCGUCCUCCCAUGAAUGCUCCAAAAAAGCUGGUCUGCAAGGUUUUGCUCCACUCUCCUGGAGAUGCUUCAGCAGCUCUUUGAGGGCCCCACACCUAGCGCAGAAGCAACCUGUGCCAAAAGGAGCUGUCCAGCAAUUCAGCUUGAGCUCGCUCUUCUCUUGCAACCAUGGAGGGUGCUCCUGCUCAUGUUUAAUUUGAAAGGGAACACAAUAAGGUCCAUGUGACUGGGGUGGUUGAAGAAAUCAAUCACUUAGUCAGAUGUCUUAUGGGUAUAAGAACAAAAGCAGAACAAGUUGCAAAGUUUUGCAUUUCACUUCCCCUUGACUCCUUUUGUUUUGGUGCAUGGGGACGGGGGCAGUUCAUAGCGAUUCAAGGUUGAAAGCGAGACUAAACAUGAAGUUCUUGAUAGUGUGUGUUUCUACUUGUUUGAGACUUAGCUUGUGCCAGAUCAGACUGGUAUCCUUCCCCUGUCUGCUUUUAAAAACAACUCUGUGCUACUGAUUUUUCCCUCCCGAUCAGGCCACUCUUCCAAGGUUUUGUGAAGCACCCCUUCUCUCCUCCCUGCUUUUCUUAAACAAAUUGGCGCCAAGUCCUCUACCAAAGGCUUCAUUUCCAAUAGGAAGUUGCAGCUAGUAUUAUAAAUUGCUCCUCCUAUCCUCUUUCUAUAUUGAACACUGUUAAAUUUGGGAGAUUCUACUCUUUGUAUUUCAGGCAUGAUGUGAAGGCAGGAAGGAACAAGUCGUUCCAGUGCCUGGUGCUUCCUGUUCUUUUGCAUUCUUCUUGUGUCCAAGAUACGGUUUUCUCACCUUCCUCUCCCAAAAUGAUGCACAAGCUAUCUCUAAAUUGGGGCAGCUGAACCUACUGGGCCAGGAGAUAGAAUACUGGUUUAUUUCAGAUGUGAAGAAAAAAAGGAAUAGGCAAAUGUUUGUUAUUCCUCUGCAUCUGAAAUAGAAAAUUACAUUUCCAGAUCCCUCUCUAGGUUUGUAUAAUGCCUGAGGUUGCAUUUGGAAAGGCUUAACGUUGAUGCACUGAUCAAUGAUGCAUUGAUGAAUUGAAAUGGCAAAAUACACUUAUAGCAAUGUGAGUUGUGAAUGGUGCACAUACCUGACAUAUGGAGAUGGUGGUCCAAUGCUUUCCCCAUCAUCAUAUAUUGAUAGAUAUUGCAGGGACUCCUGACAGUUUCUAAACAUGUGUACACCAUUUUCAAAUGAUAGCACCACAGUUGUAUUUUGUUUUACAAUUUGGGUAAUUUUGUGCCUGAAUUCGCAAAUUAAUGUGUCAACCAUCCUUUCUCAAUCCUGGAAUGUAGUGCUGUUUAAAACCGGUUGUUUUUGUUUUGCAUAUCAGGGGACUCUUUGUGAUUAUGUUAAAAAUAAUUAAAUAUUUACUUUGGCAAUUGUGUUGAAUAACAGCCCACCCUGCCAAGAAAGGUUUGCAGUCCAAAAGGAUAAGAUGCGAAAUGUUUGCAUUGGCUCCAUAAUGAACCUGAAGGUACAACCAUAGCUGGGGUUUUUAUUUUAACCUGGAAGUAAGUUCCAUGGGAAGCAACAAGGCUGGUAUCCAUGUAAAUGUGUGUAGGUGGGGAUGCUUGCAAAAGCACAACAAUGUGAUUUAUCCAACAGCAGUCCUGUCCUGCCACUCAUGUCAAUCAAUGUGGAGGUACUUGGAAUACAAUAUACAUUUCAGAACGAAGGAAAAGCCAUAUCCUCCAGAAAUUGUCUAACUGUCUUUUAAAGUGAGCCAAGUGUCAUGGUUCAUCUACGUAAUGCAUGAAGCAAUAAAAAGAAAAUAAUGUUAUUUGAUCAUGUGCAGUCUUUCCUGCACCACUGAACACAACUAGCUGCAACAUUCACAGAAGGACAGAGGGCAUUACAGCCAGACACCUUCUACUUUGGAAACUGACAGCUGGGAAUUUCAUCAUCAGUUAAAACGGUUGUAGUGAACUGAAGGACAAUUAAUAAUUAUUAUAUAGUGGUACCUUGGGUUAAGAACUUAAUUCGUUCUGGAGGUCUGUUCUUAACCUGAAGGUACCACUUUAGCUAAUGGGGCCUCCCGCUGCCGCCACGCUGCCACUGCACAAUUUCUGUUCUCAUCCUGGAGCAAAGUUCUUAACCCGAGGUACCACUGUAUAAAGAUGUCUGGGCUUUGUUAUAGGAGCUGGAAUGCAAGUUUUGUCAGGGUUGGGAUCACAGUUGGCAGAGGAAUGUGGUGUGCAUGAUAUUUUUAUGAGCUUAGUAGGAAUAUAUAUUUGACUAAAAAUGAUACGUGUAGUGGAUUUCUUCCAUAACCGCAUUGUUGUGAUGUUCAGGGCCACUUUACUUGCUCAUAGCAGCAGCUGCUGGGGAACCCAUAAAAGUAAUGUCCACAGGCCCAUAAAUUACACAGGCAUUCCCUCGCCUUAGCUUUACACAUGCGUAGAAAGUAAGUCACGUUCCCAUAGGAAACAUUAUCGGAGCUGGGUGCCUGAUUCGCAACAAGAACAAGUCGCCUACUUUCAGGCUAGCUCAAGUCCGGGUUUUUCCUGUACAAACGUUCUUGACACAUUCUUAAUACAGUCUGAGGUAAGCAUCUACAUCUUCACAUGUAGGCUAUCAAUCAAAGCACAUACUGUAAUUUCUACUUUACCUGUCCCUUCUCAGAUUUAAGGUAUUUGUGGACAAAUGGGUAUAUAGCUACAGCAUGCAAUUCCAGUGCAUUAUUACGGCAAUCCCUUUUUAAAACUAGAAUCAUAAAGUGCAUCUCUGAGAGACAUGAAGUUUCAAAUACAGUCUUAGACUAACAGCAUUGAAGAGAAUGCUGGAAUUUUGUCUUUGCCUUGGGGUGGUAGAGCUCUUGCUAAUGAUCAGCUGGAAUUUAAAUCUUUCUUUUUAAGGAUUAAAUGGCUCAAACCGCAGCUGUUUCUCACAUAAUUCUUUCCCAGUGUUAUAGAAGACAGAAUUUCUGCUGAGUGACGAAGUAAGCUGAACAAUUUUUUACAACUGUAGCAUCUUUUUUCUUCCUGUCUUUAACCAGUUAGUAAAGCAGAACUCUGUUGUCUUUGUCCAUGGAGUUUUCUUGGCAGGGAUACUGGAGUGGCUUGCUGGUUCCUGCUCCAGGUGGAUCACGUUUGGUCAAAACUCUCCACUAUAACCUGUCCAUCUUGCGUGGUCCUGCACGGCAUAGCUCAUAACUUCUCUGAGUUAUUCAAGCCCCUUCGCCACGGCAAGACAGUGAUCCAUGGGAGGCAGUGGAAGACAGGAGUGCCUGGCGUGCUCUGGUCCAUGGGGUCACGAAGAGUCGGACACGACUAAACGACUAAACAACAACAACAAAAGCAGAACUCUGGCUCGGGCUUAUUUCCUGCCCGCAGUAGAAUCUGGCUUGGCAUGGGUCUCUCCAUUUUAAAAAUAUGGUACAAAUUCACCUUUAAAAAAAGAAAAGGGGAUUUUAAAAGAAGGAUACACAGGGUAAAGACUAGGAGGUGGAUCAGUGGGUGUCGCUUGUCCAGAAAAAAUUCAGAAUUUACAACAAAAAACCUUAGGAAGCAAAGUACAAGCAGUGCUUGGUAAAGGAUGUAGGUUUCAUUGUCACCUCUGUGCACAAUUAUCAGUAAUGGAUUGUGAGAAAAAGCUGCUGAUAUGAUGCAGCCUUCACCCAUUUUGCAUCAAGUCAAGAUUGCUGCUGCCAUUUCUCCUGAUGAAGAAUUAAUAUGUCUGCUUGACUCUAGUGAUUUGUGGCUAGAGGUCCUGGCUAAAGGUCACUGCUGAUCUUCUUUUGAUAGCCAGCCUGGGAUUAGCAUGUUAAAGCUUUGUAAACUUGUUGAAGAGAUAGACGUCAGAGGAAAAGCAGUUAACUGUCUUUGGGAAUACUGGGCAUGCAGCGUUGAUGGGAAAUGGUGACCAAGGAGUAUAACUACCUUAGCAGCUGUCUCUCAUCUUCAAACUUUGAUUCACCUUUUUAUGUAUAAACACAUGGGACAUUUAAACCAGAGUCUCUUCUUAUCUUUAUAAAAGUCCAAGUAAUUUAUUCCAGGUCCCAACUUAUUGUAGGGCAACAGUCUGGCCUUCAACUUUCUACUCUUACAUUUUUACUCUUGGUUAGCCAUUUAAACGUUAGAACUGAAUGUUUAUUGCUUGUCAGCUAAAGGACCAUUUAAAGGCUCCAUGAUGGUGAUGGUGAUGAUGAUAAUGACAAAGGCUGGGAUGUUUGGAAGGCUUCAGCCCCUCCUCCUCCGAAGAAGAAGAAGAAGAGUUUGGAUUUGAUAUCCCGCUUUAUCACUAUCCUAAGGCGUUUCAAAGUGGCUAACAAUCUCAUUUUCCCUUCCUCCCCCACAACAAACACUCUGUGAGGUGAGUGAGGCUGAGAGACUUCAGGGAAGUGUGACUAGCCCAAGGUCACCCAGCAGCUGCAUGUGGAGGAGCAGGGAAGCGAACCCGGUUCACCAGAUUACGAGUCCACCACUCUUAACCACCACACCACACUGGCUCCUAAUGCUACAUUGCCUCCAGGGGAACAGCCUCCCCCACUUUGUGUCCCAUGAAUAGGAAGGUGGUGGCAGGGGCAGAGCAAGGUGGGGGUGGACCGCCUUGGGUGUCAUCUCUGAGGGGGGGUGACAUUUGGCACGCCGCCCACCCACGACUCCCGCCUACCCCGAGCCAUCGGGGGAAGGGGGAGCUGCACCGCUUUGGCGGUGGCGUUCCUCCCUUCCCCCUCGUUUUGAUAGCCCUGUGGUCCCAGGCUGCUGGAGGAGGCAUGUAGGCAGGCAGGGAGAGGAUGGGAAGGAGGCAGGCAAGCAAACGGAGGAGAGAAGCAGAAGCUCCCUCAACUCAGGACCCAAACCCUGUAACCCCUCAAAAAGCUCAACAACUAUGGCCAACCCUCCCCCCCCCAAAAAAAGCUCAAUAGCUUCUGCCAUAGACAAUGGAUAGUUCACAGCCAGUGUUUUUAUACCAUGAGUAGAUCACAGUCUCUUGGGAGUCCAACUAGAUUUCAGUGUAGGCAGGAGUGACAAGAAAUUUUCUGCCCCGGGUACCACCUGACCUUGCUAUGCCACUGGGUGGUGGUACUGGAUUCUGCUAUGAAUUUCAUCAGGUCUGUUGCAAAGGACGACUUGUUGAGUGAAUGCAAAUUUUUAUCUCACAACUGAUCCUGCCUUGUGUGUUAAAAGCAGCUUAAUUCACGUGCCUGCGCUCCGUCCUGUGCCCUUCAUGCUUCCCUACAGAUAUUAUGGGCAGUUUCUGUUUACAACUGAAACAUUCAUAAACCACCAUUUGCAGUGCCUGGCACAGGGCACAGCCUUUGAGAUGUGCGUCUAUUUUUAUUUCUGGCUCCUAUUGAAUGGGUUUCUUAAGCGUCUUUAAAGCACCCGGGAUAAGGACUUUUCAUUGUAAUUACAAAGGACGCUGUGGUUUUGAAAAGUCACAUGCACCAGCUCUGCAGACUGUUUUGAAGCCAGAUGAGAACCUGUCAGUUUUCGCUUUAGGGAUUAGCAACCUUGGGGCAACUGUGUGCCGUCUGCCAUAUAUGCUGGCUGCUUCCUUUUGUAUAAUUAAUGGAUGCGAAGAUAGGCUUCACUGUUAACUGAGAAGUAUCUCAUCAAUGUACUGCUGGCAGAAUUUUUUUUCCAGGGGAUUACAUAAGCACUGAAUAUCAUUAACUAAAUCCUACUUUGUUUAAUUAAGCUCCCAGCCAGGAUGGUGAACUUAAAUUUUAGCAGUGUAAAUCUCAGAUUCCUGCUGCUGCUCAUCUCAAACUAGCUUCCAUGUUCACAACCUAUUCAAUGUGACACGGAGGCAUUCUAACAAAAAGUUUACCAAAUCCAUAGUUAUUGAACAUUAAGCCACAUUGUUCUGGCCUUUCAGAGCUCUCUGAUGAGACUCCUGUCACUCGAGUGAGAGAUGCCAAUAGGAACUGUAUUUUUGGCACGCAUAUGUGGUUCUAAUCUGCGGUCACGUCUAGAAAAUCUCCCUAGCUCUUUGUGUUCCACAUAGGAAGCUGCCUUAUACCAGGUCAGGCCAUUGGUGCAGUCUCUCUCUCUCUCUCUCUCUCUCUCUCUCUCAUUUUAAGGAUUUUUUGCUUACAUUUUUACACUCGUAUCAACACAACAAAACAUUUAUCUUUUGGGGGUUCCAAACCCCUAGAGUUCCCCUUACCUCCUCCCCGGUUUCCCAUCAUUGCUUACUAUCUUUUCUGCCUCUUUAUAUCAUUAUCUAAUUUUUUCAUCUCCCUUGUUUCAAAAUUUACCCUAAUUAUAUCACUGGUGCUAUUCUAAGCCUGCUAAUGUUUUUAAGUGUUUACAGUGCUCCUUGAGGUAUUCUACAAAAUUAAUCCAUUAUUUUUGAAAUCUUUUGUCUUCUUGGUGUCUGAUCUUCCCUGUCAUUUUUGCCAUUUCGGCAUAGUCCAUCAAUUUCACUAUCCAUUCUUCUUUUGAUGGGGUUCUUUCUUCCUUCUAUCCCUGGGCACAUAACAUUCUCACUACUGUCGCCGCAUACACGAAUAGGACCUUUUUCUCUUUUGGGAUUUCUUCUCCUAUUAUACCUAAUAGAAAAGCCUCUGGGUUUUUUUGUUUUUUUACUAAAAGUCACUUUAAACAUUUUCUUUAAUUCAUUAUAUAUCAUUUCCCAAUAUGCUUUUGCUGAUUUACAGGUCCACCUCCUGAUAGCAGUCUCUUCCAGCUGUACCUAGAGAUGCCAGCAAUUGAACCUGGGACCUUUUGCAAUGCAAGGCAAAUGCUCUACCAUUGCACUACGGCCUUUUUCCAUUCCAAAAUAAUGCUUACCUGUGGGAUCCUAGUGAGUUCAUGUGCCUGGCUGGUAUAUCCAUCUCCUAAUCCCUUCUAUAGGAAGCUACAUUUCACUUCUUCCCCCCCCCCCCAUUAUUAUAAAUUUUAUUAGUAUUUUCCACACAACAACAACAACAACAACACAAAAAAUAUAGAAAAAUAACAAUACACAAAACACAAAAACCAACAUUCAAAAAAACCCCCAAAAAACCCAAAUCCAUAUCUUACAAGUUAAUAAUAUAAACACUAAAAAGAAAAACAAACAUUGACUUCCACCAAUCCCACAGCACCUCCUUUACCUCUCAUUGUGUCUUCCUGUUUUCCUGUUUUUCUUAUCAUCUCUAUCCUAGCAUCUAGAUAUAAAUCCCUCUUUCUUAUCCUUUCACUUCACAAGGUUAUUCCAGACUCAGCUCAUUUCACUUGUUCUUUAGGCUGUAAGAAUUGGGAAUUGUGUGUCCAAAUAAGCAAUGUUUUCAUCUCUCUGACUAUGUAUAAAGAGUCGUUUUUCUGAACUGGGACAGCAUACUAUCACAUCUUCAGUGCUUCCCCCCACCCCCAAGAGAUGAGGUUUUUUAAAGCACUUACUGAUUUAUUUAUUUUAAUGCAUUAAAAACCCCAGAUCCUGUAGACUUUAGAAUUCUGUACUGAGCAGGUUGCUUAGCAGAGAUAUUUGUUGUGGCUGGUGUGUGCAGCUACAAAAUCCCUGUCUUGUCUUGUCGUGCUCAUAAUGGAAUCUUGUUCUGUAGCAAAAUACACUUCCAGCCUUUGGGGCACAGUCUUGAAACCAAAGCUACCCUCAAGAACAGAGAAACUGGCCAUCCUCUUUACAGAAAUACUCCUGUUCAUAAUGCCAGCCAGUCAGCCCCACCCUCUUCCUUGAUACUUCAUUACAUCCCCACCCCCCAAGUUUUCUGAUUCAGUUUUCUGAUAUUCAGAACAUUCGGUGGCUUCUGAGCAUGCUCAUUCUGCAUUGGGCAGGUUUCAGUGUUGAUUUUUGCUCUGCAGUUUUUUUAAGCAAACUUUCUCAAGCCUCAGGGUUUGUCUCUCAGUGGUCCUGUUGAUACUCGCCACCCGAGUUCCCUGUUAGAAGCGAUGUGUGUGACUUUGCAUACAUGUCCGUAGCUGGAUGCAGUUGGAGGGACAUAGUUUGGAGUUGACAGAGCAGGUCAAGACACCUGACCAAGCUGGGUUCUGCUUGUUACCAUUUAUGUAUUUGUAAAAAUGUAUAUAUCCAGCCCCUCAUAUGCAAGGGUGGGUCAAGCAGUGCUGCUUUUGCUCUGUGAUUGAUCACCCGAACUAGACACAGCACAUCUGAAAUAACAGAUCUUGUAUAUCUCAUGCUUUGGUGAGUCUUCUGAGACGGUUAUUAGUUACAGAUUUGUAACUUAAGCAUUUUGCAGCAGGCAAAUGGAAUUGCUAAACUACAUGCUCAGUGAUUUGCUCAAGCUUUAUCCUUUAUGUAACCACAGUAUAAGUCACCUUAUUUUGCCUAGCAGGCAGGCAGAACACUCAGCCUCCUUUGGGUCAGUCAGCCUCCUUUAAUCCAUUAUGUGCUAAUACCGUCUGCCUGCUUGUUUGCCUGUGUGCUUGUCUCGGCUAUUUCUGCCCUUCUGUGAUUUAUCUUUUCUUUACUGAUUUCUUAAAUCCUUUGGGACUGUGAAUAUUGCUUUUCCUGUUGGCACUUCCUGUUUAUAAUCACUAGUGCUGAUUUAGGCUAUGCUGUUCCACUAUGGAUGUUGGCCAGAGACUGCCAUUUUGAGUCUUAGCACCAUCCAGAAACCUACAUAUUCUUCUAGAUGAAUUGCUGAAAGAAUCCCAUGCAGCAUUUAGCCUGAGUACCAAUACUCCAUUGCAUAUUUUCUUUUCGCAACAUGAAGAGGUAAAGUAGCCUUCCUUGUUCCAGGGUUGUUGUUUUUUCAUGUGUAGGAGUCAGAUGUCCAAAGAACCACACUGCAAACUAUUUUCAAGAAAGCUGCAUCAUGUGAUAGAAAAAGGAACUUGCUUGCAUUUCCAUUUGCUUUCAAGUAAGCAUUCCUGCUUCCCUUUCCAACUGCUUUCCUGUUAGCAGAACUACUUGUAAGUACCAGCCGGCCAUUUCAAAGAUAAGCUUGAGUACAAUGCUCUCUAUUUGUAGGGAAGUUAAAUACUUACCACUGUAAUAAGUAGUCUACCUGUACUUGACAGCAUUCUUCAGGAUGUGGUACAGAUGAUGCUAGUAAUCUGUAUGGUCCAUGUAUGGCUACCAUUGCUUUGGGUUCCAGUGACACUAGCCAGUUGUAGAGGGGGUGUCUUUUUGUCCCCCCUAUCCAUGAGUUCACUGGAGUAUGUGCACACAAAUUCCUCAACAUGCCACAUGCCACAAAACUCAACAUAGCACCUAUUUAACCUGUUCUGUUGGAUUUGUUAGUUCUAGCUCAGUUGGUAAAGCAUGAAACUCUUAAUCUCAGGGUCAUGGGUUUGAGCCCUACGUUGAGGAAAAGAUUCCUGAAUUGCAGGGCGGUUGGACUAGAUGACCCUCGUGGUACGAUUCUAUGGGGAUGUAUCUAUAAAGAAUAGGUGGUAUCCGAUGAAAUUGUCAUGCUGGCGCAAUGAAAAUUCCCCACCCUCUCCUCUCCCUCUCUGCCUGCCAGAUCUACUCAGGAAGCUUUGAUUUGAACAGAUUUGAAGGAUACAUGAUGGGGAAGGGGCAGUUCUGAUACAUAAGGAGAAGCCCUCAUGCAAAUAUAUGGCGACCUUUUAGGAUAUGCCCCAACGCUUUGUUCUGUGCAGUAGCUUAAUGAUGAUCCCUUUUUGUGUGUGAAACAGUUUGAAUGGUGUGACUUCUUUAUAAUAAGGGCUGAGCAUUCUGCCACCCCCCUGGUCAUGACACCAGUCUUUUCCACAGAGCAGUUAGUAAUGGGACCUGAACUCAAAUCACAGUAUGGUGCACCAGGGUUUACACCUGGUGAUUCAGACUCUGGUUAACCUCUUUCUUCAUUGUUCCUGUGAGGUGCUUCUUGACACAAAACACCUCAAGGUGAGCCCUUUCAGAAUAAGAAUCAUUCAUGUGGAUCUCUUCCAUUGUUUUCCUACAAAAAUCAGUUUAUUAUCUAGGCUUGUGAUGCAUAGGAUGCCACUCAGAGGCCGGUGGAUAAAUCAGCAGUAAGUAUGGUAAUCACAAAUCCAAGCUUAUCUCUUGCAAAUAGCAGAAACAUGGCAUUGAAUAGUCUGUCAUGUGGAGGGAAAUGAUAAUAGCGUCUGCUUCUUGUUCUCCACAUUUCUCUGUAGUGUCUGAAACAGAACUUUUUUUAUUGUUCCUUUUCCUCCAUUGUUGCAUGUCAUGUAAAGGUGUGUGAAACAGUGUGGGAACUGCUUGUCCAUCCCCGUCUUUCCUAAAUUAUGUGAUGUCCUGAAGUCGCUUUUAGGUUCAAAUGGCAUGUUAAUGUCAGUAAAGGCUGAAUCCACUGAAUGGGGCAUGAGAAGCUGAAACUCAUAAAUAUUUCUGCCCAGUGAGGUACUUUGUGGUUCUUCGUGCUUAAAGCAGAACUGAGGUAGCUCGAACUUUCAAACUAGGUGUAACAAUAGGCCCAUUUGCUUAAAUGUCUAUCUGCCACAAAACUAUAUUACAUGGAGAUGGCAUAGAUAGAUCUUUGGCCUAGUGGAGGGUGUACAGGUGAGAGGGGUAAUGAACUCUUCCCUGCCUGCAAAACUUACCUCCCUUCCCCAUCCCUGCAUUUUUCUGCAAAGUAGAGUACCAGUACUAGAAAUUAACGCAGCUGAGCAAGAAAAGCAGUUAUGAGAAGGGUCUAGGUCACCUCACUGUAAACAGAUUAAGGUCCGAUGCUGGGGUGACAUUGAGCCAAUAAACACAGCAGAGCGGAGGAAAGUAUAUUUUAUUCAGACUGCAGUAAGAUGGUACAGGAUUCAAAAGCCUGUACACCUCCUGGGUGCCCAUGAAAUGGUUUUAUACACGUUGCUCACAUCGAGCCAUCAGGAGGGUAAAUUGUGUUACAUGCUGAUUGGUUACGAAGCGUUGACGUAUGCAUUGGCAUAGAUUCACAAUAUUUGCACAUGAUUCGGCUUUUUGCGCAUCUUCUUCAGUUCUGUAGUGUGUUACUUCUUUAUUUGCACUAUUGUUACAGGGAAAUGUUCUCCUCGCUGUUCCUCAACAGUACAUUCCAAAGGGAGAGGUAGCGACUGCAAAAGCACAGCAAGCAAUGUGUGGCUCUAUUGCCACAGGGACAGUGGCUGCUGGCUUAAAAUGGCGUUUGUCUGGUUCCGAUCCUCUUCACGCCCCGUGGCCUGUUUUACUCUAAAACUCAGAUAUUGCCUCCUCGCUGUACAGCAUUUGGGUCAGGCUCAGGCAAACGGCUCUGCCGGUGUCAUGUGUAGAUUUGAGUUUGUCAUAUGCCACAGUGACCAGUCCUUGGCUAGCAGCCAUGAAUUUAGGAGCUUGGGUGACUUGGCUGCGAUUGGUCUCGCUAGGCCUCGUCCCACAGGCAGCCACGUAUGGUAUCCUAGCAACAGCUUAGGGCAAGCUCUCAUUGACUCCAGCUCAUCAACAUUAUUCAGAUUAGGAAUCUGUGAAUUGGAACAUUCACAAGAAUCCCAGUUAGGAUUAUUAUUUCCUCCCGGCCAUUUAGAUUCCUAGAACCAAAUAAAACUAUAAAUAGGGAUUUUAUAAUCCACAUGGACAGGAUUACCGAGGCAGCAUGAAUAACCCAUUGUUAGAGGUGACUUUUAUUUCUGACUAGCAAUAUGCCAAGAGUAAUGGCUGGCCAGGGUAUGUAUUUGGGGGGGACAGGGGACAUAAUAAGAAUUUUGCCAUGCAGGGUGAUGGCAGAAAACAGUCCUUAAGAUGUGUCUCCUUCUGCUUGUGCACCUUGUGUUAAGCUGUGGUUUAGUGCAGGGGGUGGGGAACUUUUUUCAGUCUGAGGGCCAUUUGGCUAACCUACUGCAGUGCAGGAAUCCUGCCCAGGGUGGGCUUGAUCCAGGAGCAACCUGGUUAACAGACAGACGCACUGAUCCAUUGCACCACAACAAAUGUCCAUUUACUUUUCACAUUCCUCUUUGACCAGGAAAGCAAGAAGCAUCAUGAUAAGAGUUAGAGGGUACAUUCUCACCAGGCGAAAACACACAAUGCAGGUGUGAAAGCGAACUUGGUGAGGGGCGUGGCCUUGGGAAGGGGUGUGUCCUACAGAGAGUCCCAACGACCCCAAAUAGGCUUGGCGUGCCCUGAGAUUCCCAUCGCUGGUUUAGCAAGACAGUCAGAUGCAGCCCUUGUUGGGAGCAGGCUGUUUUUAAAAUACAUAUACAGGUCAGAGAGAGAGCACACAUUAGGAAAAGAAGCCGACGGAUGCUUUUGUAUGGCUGUGCUGAAAUGUUCCCCAGUGUUCAGUAUCAAAAAAACAAACUAUCACACCAAGAGAGGUUGUUGAUAGGAUGUCCCUAGAUUUGCCAAAUGAAAAUUUCUAUUGAAAUGCUUCCCAUCUUUACAUCCCUGACUAACAUAUUGCUGAUUCUGCACCUCUAUUGUUGUUUUUAAUAUGUGAUAUUUAUUGAUUUUAAUAUGGAAUAUUUAUACCUCACCCGCCUUCAUAAAAUCAAAGCGGCUUCCAAGCAUUAAAGCAGUGUCUGCCCCUGGCUAGCACGUCUUCCCUCAUGGUGUGCAGGUCACCUGUGUGUGGCCCUCUAGCCUUCUUUAUCUGGUCCUUGAGACACACAGGUCACCUAAACACAGAGUGUCAAGCCAGGAGUUUAUAUGCAGAUACUGCUUUUAAUUAUUGGUAGCUGUUUAGAUUUUAUGAAGACUUGUGAGAUAUAAAUAUUCUAUAUUAAAAUCAAUAAAUAUUCUAUAUUAAGAACCAGAAGUUUUCCAUACCUAGUGUAUAGGAAGAAGACUGAGGGAGAAGUGUCAUCCUAUCAACAUCAUUCUCAUGGUAUAACAAUAGAAAAUACAGUGGUACCUCGGGUUAAGUACUUAAUUCAUUCCGGAGGUCUGUACGUAACCUGAAACUGUUCUUAACCUGAAGCACCACUUUAGCUAAUGGGGCCUCCUGCUGCUGCCGCGCCGCCAGAGCACGAUUUCUGUUCUCAUUCUGAAGCAAAGUUCUUAACCUGAAGCAAUAUUUCUGGGUUAGCAGAGUCUGUAACCUGAAGUGUAUGUAACCUGAGGUACCACUGUAUUGUUUGAGUCCUGCUUGUGUGCUUCACAUAAGCAGCACUUUGUUGGCCACUGUGAGAAUAGGAUGCUGUUGGGCCAUCGGCCUGAUCCUGCAGGCUUUUCUCAUGAGAUAUUGUUUCUUCUAUUCACUUCCAUGAAAUGCUGACGACGCUUAACAUCAGAAUUUGUUCAUUUUUGACCUUCUACUUUCCCAACUUCCUUUCCCUACCCAGAUCAUCAACUCAGUGGUUCUGCUGAUUAUACUGAGCGCCUUGACAGACCCCGGCCAGUACCACUUAACAACUGCUGAAUUGGGGGGUGACUUUGAAUUUAUGGACGAUGCCAGUAAGUAUACGUCAUUUCAUUAGUAAUUUACAAGCAGAUCCCCAUUAAAUUGAACUGGUAUUGUGCCAAGACAGCACUUUGAGAACCAGGUUUAGAAUUUGCACAAAAAAGAAAGCCUUCCUCUUUUAAAAAAAUAAAAAAUCUUUUGACAAAUAAGCAGACAUUAAAGAUGAGUUUUGCGGAGAGGACUGCAACUGAAGCUGAUUUAUUGAAACCGGCUACCUUGUCUUUAUUCUUGGAGAUAACCUUGACAAUGAAAGUCAGUGUAGGUUAAUAUAGCAGUUGAGGGAGGAGUUCUCCAGGUGCACACAUUUUUUAAAUGCUCUAUUAGGCUCGACACAUUUUGGAACAAAUCCUUUUUUGGAGAUGGUCUUCAGAUAACAAUUUUCAAUCUGUUUUGUGAACUACGGUUGCUGCUUGCAAGUGGUCACAUGGAAAAAGCCAUUCUAGCAGGCUGCCGUUGAGGGAAAGGAAGGAAGCAGGGUCAUUCCAUGGGCCUUGUCCUGCCCUCCCUCCUUAGUCCUUUUUCCUUUUGCAUCCUCUCUUUUAGCUUGUAAGCCCAGGGACCAAUUUGCAUCUUCCAUUUAUUUAUUUUAUAAAGUGUAUACAUUACUUGAUUGUAAAAAAACACCACAACAACAACCUUCAAAGCAGUUUGCAAAAAGAAUAAAACAAUAAAAAAUUGGUUAAAAGGAGAGUUAAAAACUACUAUAUAAAACAUUCAGAAGAAUUACCGGUAAUCAGUGAUAAACAGAUGAAAACCUACUUUCUGAAACCUACCCAUUUUUUAACUCAAAUUUAAUUUUAACCCCACUCCCCCCCCCCCCAUCACACUUUAUGUCAGCACAACUUAAUAGGUUUGAGGUAUGGUUUCCCUUGAUCACAUACAUAGUCCAACAAGACAACAACAAGAAUCCACCAACAGCAUACAAAUCAAUCUGGCUAACCUGAUUAGAAACUACACACACACACACCCUCUCAAACACAGAAUAAAUUCUCACUACAGCCAACCAAAGACAACUAGCCACCCCCUCAGCCACCCCCAACCUUUCUCACCACCAAGGAAAUACAACAAGCAAAUAGUAAGAGAACUAAUACAAGUAACGCUGACACAAAACCCCACACAUACACUAAGUAGAAGAGCAGAAGUAUAACCACCAGCCCCCAUCCCACUUACCAUUCCCCCCUCACCCUCUUUCCCCCUCUUUUCUUCCUAAUCGUUUAAACCAAUUCAUGAACCAAGAACUCAUACAUUGGCCGCUAAUAAUGAACCAUAUGUUUUAGAUAUUACUCCACAUUUAUUAUGCUCUUUUUGUGAUAUACAAAUGACAUCAAAAAACUUGGUAUACUUAUUUGUAUAACAUUAUUCCUGUUUAUAAAACCCAAUUACAAAAAGAAGACGAAACAGAUGAAAACACAUAUCAACAUUCUACAUAUUUGGGUAGACUUCUCUAAAUAAAACUGUUUUAAGCACCCACCAAAUAGAGCACAGUGAAGGAGCCUUCCUGAUGUCAGUAGGCCAAUAAGGAGAUAGUUUCUUAUAGUGCAAUCCCAUAUGUGUCUACUUGGAAGUAGAUAUCAAUCGGACUUACUCCUAGGUAAGUUGUUAUAAGAUUCCAACAUUAGUGUUAUCACAAUAGAUGGUGCUUUUCCUGUUGAGUUAAUCAGAGCUUUUAUUACUCAAGUAUAUUUUAUUAAUUGAAUAGUUUCAUUUAUCAACUUUCCCUCAUUCCCCUGAGUGCCCAUGUUUUGGAAAGAUUGAUCAGCAAUACAUAAUAUUAAUGACUUAAAACUGUUUUUUUGUUUACACUAGUAGGGAGGUGAAAAUGGAGACAUCCUAAAACUGGCUUAUAAAAUGUCCCGUCAAAAAGAAAACUUUGAAGUACUCCUAUCGAAACAGUAAAAAAUAAAUUAAUUAAAUGGUCAGGGCUCUAGUACUUACUGUACUUUUGUUUUGCCAUUGUUAGUAGCCAAGAACAUUAUUCAUAUUUGUGUUCCCUUGGAAAGUAUUGUGGUGAUAUCAUUUUUGCUUCUGGGUGCUUGGUACUCAGUACUAGCCCAGUGUCAAUUUAUUUAAUGCAGUUUGAGACAUAAGGUCCCCCCCCCAUCAUCUGUCUGCGUGUACAUACAGAGCUCAGAAAAUAAUACUGCUAAAAUGCUGCUUUGGGGCUGGGGUGCCUUGCUUCAUUCAAGUCUUAGGCCAAACUAGAGGCCAUCAUCACAGCUGCCUCCGAUCAUAAACUUUAAAAGAAAAGAGUAGCAUUCAUGUUCCCCUGCAGCUCAUUCCAGAGCUCACUUGCAGCUAAGUAUGUGGCAAAAGACACGGCUUGAGACAAAACAAAUGAGGAAUGCCAAAUGUUUAGGGCAAAUCAUAUAAGCUUACAUUAAGAACAUCACUAUUGAAAGAAAAGGCAAGGACAUCAGCAUUCAUGGCACAUUAUCAAAAAAAGAAAAUACACCACUACCCCCCCCCAAAGCAAACAAGGACACAGAUAUCUGGAAAUAGCUGCACACACCAUCACAAAGCUAGACACAUCCUAGACUUUUAAGUCCUCCAGCAGAGGACGCUCAUGUAUCAGAGGAAUGCUGACACUAUCAGAACUGAGGGAGAAGUGAUUAGGCAUGAUACAACUUACUCUGAGACCAAAGGCAAUCCAGUUUUGUCUUGUGCCACUUCUUUCAUACUUUUUGAACGGCGGUGAGUCUUCCUUAAAAGAGGAGGAAAGGAAUCUGAUUCCUGCACCCUCUGAUAGUGCACACAUUCUUCAGAUGUGUAUCUUUUGCUUCCUUCUGCUAAUUACAAAUCAAGUGUUGCAUAUUUUGUCAGCGUUUCCUUGCCACCUCUCGAAAGACCUUGGGAUUAGAAUUAGCUGAACCAUUUCACCAUGUACCAAAGAUUGACUGGUUGUUUCUUUCAGAUAUGUGCAUCGCUACUGCAAUUUCUCUUCUUAUGAUCCUCAUCUGUGCAAUGGCCACAUACGGCGCAUAUAAGGUAACACAUGGCUUAUGGCCCCUUAUUCAUUCAGUCGUAACCAUCCCUGCAUAAAAAUUGAAUACAUAAAGCUGGUAGACAAAACAGCUGAUAAGUUUGUGGGGAAAUAACAAGCUGUCAUAUUUACAGUGCCUUAACUGGGCAUGUGGCCAACAUCAUGUGAAAAAACACCUAUCCCUCCAAACUCCCAUGGCAGGGCCAGAAGGGUCUUCAUGUUUGCAGCCAUCUGCCUGUUAAGGCAUUCCAGAUGCUAGAAAAUAUGUGGAAAUGUCAACACAGGGGUGCCAUUUGGGGAGAAGGGGUCAUGAUAUGACUGACUUUUAAUCUAAGUCUAAUGAAAUAUUUAUCUUUGUGAUAUCUCUUUUUCCUUAUAGUUUGGUUCUUUUGUGAACUGCUUUGAACUCUCUGGGAAAGUAAAAUUAAAGUGUGUUAGAAUUUUCUAGAUAACCAUUAAGUUUCCUCUUUCUCUCUCUCUCUUUAACAUACAGCAACAUGCAGCCUGGAUCAUCCCUUUCUUCUGUUACCAAAUAUUUGAUUUUGCACUCAACACCUUGGUCGCUAUUAGCAUACUUGUGUACCCAAGCACAAUUCAGGAUUACCUCCAGCAGCUGGUAAGUCCCUUUCCCCCAUUAUUCAUUGCUGUCCUUGAGAAACUAAGGGCAAAGCUUUGCAGCACAGUUUGUUCCUUUGUUCUAAACAAAACCCAAGGGAGGUUUGGAUGAGUCAUGGUUCUUAUCUGCCAUAGUUUUGGCUUUUGCAAAAACUCUAAUAUUCACAUGUGAAAAUGCCCCAAAGCUUUUAUGUCUGUAUCUAACUAACCCAGUAGCCGAUUAAGUGCUUCUGCUAGUGCAAGGACUUCUUCUUGUGUGGAGAACUCCCAGAACAAAUCUAGGGCAUGCAGAAGUACCUGGUGACAGAAGAGGGAGGAAAAGUUCUGUUGCACAGCCAAAAUCCUUGGGCUAGCAGAAGCGCUUCAUUGAAUACCACCCCAAAUCUUAAAGAACCUUACGAGGUAUCAUUAGAAAAGUCAGUCUGACUUUGUUACAUUUUACCUGCUUGAGCAUAGCCCUGGGUUUUAGAGCAUGUGCAGAGUUCCUUGCAGAAGAGAAGUCCUGGGAGAGAACAUCUUUGCCUCCCUGGAAACAUCUGAUCAGGAGUCCAAAAUGGAGGCUAAAGCCUCAAAUAUUUGUGGGACUCUUGAGAUCAGUAAAAACUGGUAUCUGUUCUUAUUGUUAUUUUGCCAUUGACCCAAGCAAGUGCCAUUUUUGGUGUCAGUGGACCUUUGGCUGACCAUGAGGUUGUUCUGUCUCCUUAAAGACUCUAAACUUGGCAUUACAAAAAAAUAUCACAGGUUCAGACCUAUCAAGCCAUCGUUAAAAAAGAACUUGAUGAUGCCUAGAUGUUUGCUCAAAGACACUUUUCAUACUUCACAGUGGGGGUCUGAAAUCCCCAAAUGCUCUAGGUGGAGCUAUAUAAGAAUACAAGAAAAUGUCAAAGCAGACCAGAUUAGACCACUGCUGUCUACAGUGACUAGCAAUGGCUUUCCAGGGACUCAGCAAAUGUCUUUUCCAUCUUUGGCUCCUGCGUUAAGCAGGGGCUUGAACUCGAUAGCCUGCAAAGCCAUCUUCCAGCUCUAAGAUGGGAGAUGCCAGGGACAGAAACUGAAAUCUUAUUGAUUGCAAAGCACCUGCUCUACCUUUAUGGUUCUUCUCCAUUUGACAGCAGGGAGAAAUGUAUUAUCACAUUGUUAUAUUACACAUUUUUAAAAAUCGCAUCAUGGUAUUAUACAUUCAAAUGUAUUAUGCCUAUAGAUAUGUCCAUGGAUCUUUACAAAAUACUAAUUUUAUAGCAACGUUGCUUUAAAAUAUUUAUUUAUUUCGUAAAAUCUAUAUGCCACUUUAUUGAAUACAAAAAUCUUCAAAGCCAUUUAAAAAAUACAUUUUAAUGCAUUUGGAUACAUUUUGUGAGAACUGCAUUAAAAAAACCUGGAAGUGCAAAAGUCCUAAUAAAAGAAUGUGAAAUGUAAGGCUAUUGUGCUAUGGACUGCUUCUCCCCCUCUUUAAAUCAUUGAGCGCUGGAAGUAGACUGACACACAGUGCAAUCAUGCUUCAUGAUGCAUUAUAAGGCCAAUGUAAUUAUGAAGAGGAAGAAGGAUUAAAAGAGACAGAACGCACACUGCUCCUUGUCCCUUAUAUUUAGUUUUGCUCUGAUCCUUAAUUGCCAACCUGGUUACCAUAUGUGGACUUGUUUGUUUUAAACCCACAAGAAUGCUGAAUUAGCUCAUAGCAGUCCAGAGAACAAUGGAAUAGACGGAAGAAGGAAAAUAAUGCAGCGCAGAAUUUCUGUUUCUGUCCCCUCCAGAGAAAUGUCUCUUGCUUCUUAAUUCCCACCCCGUUCUCCAUUGGCAUGGGGUGCUAAAUUCUAAAUUAUUUUAUUUAUUUUCUUCUGUUUAUGAAUUUCUUUCCAUAAAAUAUCUAGAAUGGAUUUCACAGUAAAAAAAUACCAACUUUAAAAAUAAUUUCAUAUGUAAAAACAAUUUCAAAUCAAAUAGAGAUAUGGACUGUGAUAAAGAUUAAUGGCUGCAUGAACUGCAAUAGCUUCAUCAAGCAUCAAAUUUGAGAAACCAGAGGUCUUAUUUACAGGAUCUACUGGGAUUCAUCGUAUUAAGCACCCCAUUCAUAGUAGCAGUGAGCUUAAUGAUGUGAUGCUGGAAUGCAAGCACUUACAAAACACUUCACUCAAGAUUUUAUUUUUCCCUGUGGCAAGCGUUCUUAAAAAGCGGAAAUGGCUCCGACUCCCUCAGGGAUUGGAAGAGAUUUGGGUUUUUGCUGAGCUUGGAUCCUGGCCAUUCUCCUCUUUUGUUCAUUUGUUUUUGUUUAUAGUAAGUGCAUGAGCUGGGUUACUUCAAAGAGAACUUUUACUAAUGACAGGGUGACAAUGGCAAGUCAAAGUCCUGCUUGUGCCAAGUUCUUCCUUCUUAUUCUUUCCCUACAAGGCUGAUGUUGAUACAUGUUCAUUACCUAGAACAUACAGGAGGUAUUCUGCCAUGCCCUAAGACAGGGGUCAGCAACCUUUUUCAGCCGUGGGCCGGUCCACCGUCUCUCAGACCAUGUGGUGGACUGGACUAUAUUUUUGGGGGGGGGAUGAAUGAAUUCCUAUGCCCCACAAAUAACCCAGAGAUGCAUUUUAAAUAAAAGGGCACAUCCCUGACUUUUUUCUGGCCCACGUAGGACCAGUCUGGAUAGUUGGCCUUGGUGAAGAUUUGACGUUUUCAUCCCCCAAAAGUUUUUGAUUUGGGUUUCUCCUGAAAUGAGGCUGCAUUUUAAUGUUGUAUUUUAAUCUUGUUUUUUAAGUUGUAGUUUAAUCAGUUGUUUUUAUACCUGGUGUUAGCCGCCCUGAGCCCAGUCUUGGCUGGGGAGGGUGGGGUAUAUUAAAAAAAAUAAAUUGGUUUUAUUUUUAUUUUUAUUAUUACUCAUGUAAAAGCACACUGAUUCCUGAACUGUCCGUGCGCCAGAUUGAGAAGACAAUUGGGCCACAUCCAGCUCACGGGCCUUAGGUUGCCUACCCCUGCCCUAAGAUUAUUGGGACAGGAAUCUUGUUGUUGUAAUUUUACACUCUGAAGUACCACAUACAUUAGAGGAAGGGAGGUCAGGAGAUGUCGUGAUGGCACGUGGGCUGCCUGGCAAGCAAGCAAGCAAGUGGAAGCCAGGAGGAGGGCGUGGAGCUGCAAGCUGGCGAGGAGCAAAACUCUCUGCAGGAAGAGAGCUAUGGGGGGCAACUUGCUCAAAGUCCUCACUGGCCAACCCUGGCACCUGUCCAUAAAAAAGCAGAACUUAUCUCCCUCAGCUAUCACCUGGCAGCAGCCAUUCCAUCGGGAUACCUCAGUUGGAUCAUUAGUGAUUGGAUGGCCACCUGUCGUGGAUGCUUAGUUGAUAUCCCUGCAUUUCAGGGGUUUGGACUAGAUGACCCUCAGAUCCCUUCCACCUCUAUGAUUCUAUGGUUCUGUAAGUUUUGCCAAAAGGACAGCUCCCUCAAAUGCUUCCUGCCUCUGAACUGUUUCUGUGCCAGGGGCUCAAUAUGCACCACACUACUUAAGAACUGGUGCCUGAGUUUGUUUUCUUCCUCUUCCUUCCCUGGCCCUUUCACGUAUGUGUUGUGUUUUUUAGAUUAUAAACCUGUGGGCAGGGAAUGUCUUGUUUUAAUUGGCUCUGAUAGCUUUUUUUGGUGGAAAAGCGGGACACAAAUACUCUAAUUGUGGGGUCCUUACAGUUCUGUCAGUGGUGGUAAAGAGCCGUGGACUCGUAAUCUGGUGAACCGGGUUCACUUCCCCGCUCCUCCACACGCAGCUGCUGGGUGACCUUGGGCUGGUCACACUUCUCUGAAGUCUCUCAGCCCCACUCACCUCACAGAGUGUUUGUUGUGGGGGAGGAAAGGAAAGGAGAUUGUUAGCUACUUUGAGACUCCUUAGGGUAGUGAUAAAGCGGGAUAUCAGAUCCAAACUCCUCCUCUUCUUCUUCCUCUUCUUCUUCUUCUUCUUCCCUCUGGGUACCACCAUGGGGUCUUGGACAUGAGUCCCAUCUGCACAGUGGUUUUCCAAGUGGAUCUCCCUGUUCAUCACUACAACUAUGGUAGUGAUCACUCAUCAGUUUGCCCAAUGGCUGUCAUCUGAAGCCACGUACUUCUCCCUGCAGCCGGGUGUAAACAAAACUCCACACAUGGUCCAACUUUCAGUUGGGUUUGUUUUCCCAGCUUCAAAACAAGGCGGUGCUUUUAUGUAACCUAGCUGAAGAAAUUCCACAUUUAGUUAUACAGCACUGCCAGUAAAUGGUUGCAUCAGUAAAUAUUUCUUCAUGUGUUUAACAUGUGGACCUGCCACACAUCUGGACUGCCCAAAUAUUCAGCAGCAAAUCAUUUGUCCGUUCAUCUGCAGUAUAGAUUAAGACUUUACUGCUUUUCUUGUCCCAGUCAUAUAUUUUAGCACGAUCUUGGUGUUCAAUUGUUUCAUCUUUUUGAAUUCUGACUUUGGGGCAAGUGCCACUUUGUAUAUGGACAGCAUAAACACACACAAAUUCCUACAUAAAUGUUGCCAAAUCUUGGCAGUAACUUCCUAGUGAACUACGUGGAUAAUAGAAGCCCUGCUGACCCACUAAGGAUACCCCAAAAAAAAGAUUUACCAUUGACGCAACUACAUUUUGUAAGAAUCAUUCUGCGUUCCUUUGUGCUGUGCAGUCAAAGGUUAAUCCACUUUUUACCAGUAUCACUCCACAUGGUUUUACUAUUUUCGCGAUUCAAAUAACACUCUUCAACAUUUGUGUGUGAAAUACAGUAUCCUUUACCUGCUUCUAAGCUGGCAAAGUGAUGGUGCCAGUUAAACAGGAACUUAGUUGCAACUUGUUUUGCUUUCCCCAAUGGCCUUAGGUGGUCCUUGUCCACUUACUCCCUUCUUUUUAACCCACAUUCUGGAAACAAGGUGUAGAUGUGAGUAAGCUGGGAGGGGAAUAAUCUUUUUCCAUAGGUCUGGAUGUUUAUGGGGAGCCCUUGGACUCAGCUACAUUGGCAAAGAAAAAGUGUUUUAUAUGCGUUCUUUAUGCAUUCUGACACUGUGACACCAGAUGACGCUGUGGAGUUCCAUUUUUUGCCAACCCGAUUUCUCAUACAAUGUUUGCAACACGUUAAACUGAAACGCUUCUUUGAUAUGUGUAGAUCCAGCCCUUGCUAACAGACCUGUGCGGCACCUUUGAAGAUCAACCAAUUCAGGCUGCAAUCUUGAACACACUUAUUAGGGAGCAGUCCCCGUGGAAUUCAGUGGUCUUAUUUCUGACUAAUGUAUGGUUAUUGUGGCUUUAGCCCUCAUUAGAAAUUGGGAUGGUGGGGAGCCCUUCUGAUACUGUGCUUGUGCAUCUUUCAACCUUAGCAUGGGAGGUUGCAGACUUCAUCUUUGCACAUCCUUAACUCAGGCUGCCCCAGUAUAGUCACAUCCAUUGUCUUAGUAAAAAUAGAGUAUGUUAAACAGAUGAAAAGGUUGCUUAGGGUGUGACAGGCAAGUGACUUUAUAUUUUGGUGUGUAAGGCUUUCGGAUAAUUUUCCUUCUGCAGAGGCAAAGCCAGAAGCAAUCAAAAUACUAGAUCAGAACAAGAAUAAGAUGUAUUUGUUUUUUUAAAGAAAGAAGCCGAGAGCAGAGUUGUGUAACAUUUAUCUCCAGUCUGUUACACGCCAUCUGGUGAGAUGAAACCAUUGGAACACUUCAAUGAAAUUCAAGAAAAAGAAAACUUCUCGCCAGCAGCUGACAAAAAAAGAAAGAAAUUAAGGCAAACAGGAGUAUAUAUUUCUCUUGAUUCAGUCUGAAUAUAUUUGGCAAUAAUACCAAAGAAUUAACAAUAGCUUCAGAAACUCUGGGGAGAAGUUCUUCCAUGUCCCCAACCCCUAGCCCCAGACAUUAAGGCACAGGGAAAACAUUAGGCCUCACAGGUAGGCCCCACUGGUGCCCUGGCAGCUGCCCAAGAAUGCCAUGUGUUGACCAACAGGCUACCAUUAAUAAAUAAAUAACGGCCUUAUAUUGUCAUGUAAAGUAUUCUAUAACGAGAGAGGUGCACGAUCAUUAUUACUAAUUUUUCUUCUUCUUUUUUUGCAGCCUGGUAAUUUUCCCUACAAGGAAGAUAUUAUGUCUGUCAAUCCCACAUGUCUCAUUGUGAUUAUUCUGCUUUUUAUAAGUAUCACCUUGGCUUUUAAGGUAAGCAUGUAUCUACAGAAACAAAGUUGUUGGAAUGCAUGAUCAUUCAUCCCCCUGUGCACCAGUAGUUGCGAACCCAGGAAGACUGAAAAAAGCAGGGGUCACAGAGACAGUGACUUAGAAAACACCAUGGUUACCAGAAUGGCUGGCUCAAGAAGGAGAGAACCUCACAUUUCCUGAGAACUGAAGUUGGCAGUGGGUCUUCCUUUUGCGUCUUUUCUCCCUGCACUUUCAUGGAAAAAUCUUUUGAAGCAUCCCUGAGCUUCAGGGGUAGCUAUGCAGAUGAUUACACAGUUGAUAUGUUCUAUAGCAGUGGCAGGGGAGCUUUUAGACUCCCAACUCUCAUCAGCCCCAGGCUGGUCAGGGAUGAUGGGAGUCCAGUAACAUCUGGAGGACCACAGUUUCCCUAUCCCUGUUCUAAAAUUCCAUACCCAUGCAGAAGUUCCCAUGCUGCUUUUUGGAUUGGAUCCAUGAAAUAGCCGUUCCAAGCAAAGCAUUGUAGAGGAAUCUUCAGGAAGCAGAAGAGCAUGUUCUCAUUUUGAAAUAUGACCCAUGACUACCUGCAGUGAGCAUGCGACAGAGGCAAAUGAUUGCCUUUUGUCUGAAUCUUGCUUGACUGCUCUAGCAAGAGUCUGAUAAGCAGCAAUCAAGAGUGUGAGAAGCUGCUGUUCCUUAGCCCCACAUUCCCAAUGGUUGUUGUAGAAAUAUAAUGGUUAAAUGUGUAGUUGCCCUGUGGAUUUGCUAGAAUGAGCCACCAGCUGUGAUGCACAAGUUAGCUAAGCUUGUACUGUAUGGUUGGAUUUUCGGUCCCAUUUACUUCAAGAACAUUAACUGGCUUAAAUAAAAGUUUUCUGUCAUAACAGGUUUUGCUGUUCAGGCUGAAAGUAGGUCAAGAUUAUCUCAUUUAUUGGACUACCCUUUUGUUAUUUGGAAAUGGAAAACCCUUCAACGGGCAAAAAUGGAGAAAGCAAGGCCAAGGCUGUUAUUUUUUUAAUUGGGAAGGUGGACAUUAGCCUAUAUGUCCAUUAUAAUGGCUGUGUCAUUUUUUUCUUCCUUUGACUUGCUAAGUAAGAGGUACAAACUUGAUGCAUAAAUUCAAUCAGCUUCUGGUAUUCUCAUUUGCAUUCCUUGUGUUUUGCAUAAACCAUGAAUGUGCUCUGCAGAUUUAUGGAUUCUGUAUAAUGAAAUGAAAUCCAUAAUCAAGUGCAGCAUGUCCUCCACCAUUGAUAGAUAUAGCAGAUAGCAGCAUUUCCAGGAAAUGAAAUGAAACGGUACUGCAUUUCAAUAUUUCUGAGUUCAUUCCCUUUUCCUAAUAACAGCACCUGUCAAGUAGCAGAGGCAGUCUGACAUAAUCAUUGGGGAUAGAAGCAAAGGACAGGUAUCUUGAAAAUAGACAGAAUGGCAGAAGUAUAGGCCCCCAAUUUAUUUCUGCUGGAAAGUUAUUCAGCUUUUUAAUUUCAAAGAGAGUUGAAGGCGAUUUGAAAGCAGCUUCCCUUCUCAUUGUGAAAACCGCAUCGUUUCCCCAACAGGUUUUGCAGGGUUGGAUUUUUAAAAAUACCUUCCAACUAUGUUAACCAGAGGCAAAAGUGGUAUGAUUGUUUACACCACAAGCAAUGACCCGCUCUUUCAAAUCACCCAGCGUUCUGCAAAAUAUUAUCUGUAGCUAGACAUAAUUGGAGCAGCUAAAUGUUGCCUGUAGUUCUUCAAACACAUCUUCUACCACAAUCCCCAAAAGCAUCCUAAAAUAAAACCUUUUAGGUUUUUUUCCUAGAACAUAUGUUCUUAAUCUUUUUUUAUACCUUUUUCUUGUACUGUCAGACUGGAAUGGAUCAUCUGGAACCAGAACACUCAACUUUAUAAAUGGAGCAAGAUAAUAUUUUCAAACAAAAUGGAAUGGAAUUUUACUUCUAUCCUGAAACCCUGCAAAGACAAUGCAGAGUAAAGAAUUUUGCCAUGGCCUUGAUCAGCCCCGUUCUGCUUUGCAUCUAGACCAUUCUCUUGCCUUCCAUUUUGUUUGAAUUUUUGGUGGUUAUCUCCCAUUUCUUAUUAUGACUUUGCAUUCCGUGUAUAUCUGAAUUAUCACUGAGUUUGCCUUUCGCUUACAUCAGCUGUCACCAAUGGUAUGUAGGCCUGUGGGCAGAUUUGAAUGCUUUAGCAAAUGCCAUGGCUUUAAUCUUUCCCGCACCCAAUAGAUCAGCACGCUUCCCUGAGACACAGAAAGAGAGAAAACAUGCACGCACACACUUCACUUUUACAAGCAAUCUGGAUAAAAGUCUGUUCAAAUAAGAAUUAGUCUGAGCCUUGAAAAGCACGUAGAGCUGAAAGAGGAAGUCACUCUUCCAACUUCCUCCUUCAUCUCUAUGUACUUUUCCAGUGCUGUUUUUCCAGAAAGAGAGGUGCUGGAACUCACCAAGAACAUCUCCCUUGUUUCUCUUAUAAUGGCAAUGGUGCCCACCCAAGAGGUGCCGGAACUGAGUUCCAGUGAGUUCCAGCUGGGGGAAAAAGCCCUGUACUUUUCAAAGGAGAAAAACGUAACCUCCCACACAAUCUCAUUAGGUCACAGGUUGAGACCUCAAGGGUACCACCAGGUGAUGGUGAUUCCUGACCUAAGUCCGGGGGUGACAUUUUAGUUUCCAAUAACAGAACGACUGAAUCUUCCCUUUAUUUUAAAUCCUGGUGCAGCUCUCAUUACCGCACGGUGAAAAUGCUACAUUUUCAAGGCAUUAAUGAUGAGAUAGUAUAUGGAUGCAUUUAAUGUCUUUUUGAUAUGGUAGUGUUGGAAAGUGUUGAUCAGUAGCUAGAGGACUGUGUUCAGCUUGGUCAGUCAAAAAUUAAACAAGCUUUGGAAACCCUUGCCAGAAUGCAUGACUCCUCAGACCUAGAAGAUUAUAAGUGCUCUGGCUAGCUUCUUUUUAAUACUCUCUGCCAACAAAUAUUUCCAACUUUGGUAGACCAACAAGUUCCAUGACUGAGAUGUUCUUUGUAGGAAGUUCUAAGUAUUUUUUAUUCAGUAUAUUUUUUUCCCCUUGCCCCAUCCUUUUCUUUUAGGGUCGACAACAAGCAUUUUCCUUUCUGUUUAUACACAAUAUUUCAGAUCUUGGAAGACUUGUUAGCUUUUUCCUCCGUCCUGCCACUGUUAUCUUCUCUCCAGCAUAAACGAUUGAUUUUAUUUACUUACACAAUUUAAAUCCCAAACUCAAAAGUUAUGAUUGCUCUUCUACAAUAUACUUUUGUACCCGAAAAUUUGUCCAGCUAGAGGAAAAUAAUAUUAUUUCCGAGUUUUGGCUAUGCUUCUGCUAAAUGCACUCUGGAAUAGGAUUAUGUUUCUUUGUAACCAUAUUGCAUUGCUGACCCAGUACCAUUUGCAGGGAAAGUAUAAGCCUCAACUCAUUUUCUCAGCAAUGCUAUUUUUAAGCCACUUACCCCAUCCCCUCUUAUACUUGCUUGUAUGAAUUUUCGUUCCUCCCAAUCCCACCCAAUAUUUCUCCGCUGUCAGCAAAUUUCACAAGGCCUGCAUAUUGAAAAUUUGUUUUGAAUUAGUAAAAGUUCUGCCAGGCAGGGGGAAGAUUCACACAUGCCCUUCGGGGGGGGGGGGGGAAGGCAAGGAGCAGCUAUUCUGUUUGAAGUAUAUGUCUGUCUUACUUUUAUUAAAGAUUCAUUUUAAAUUUGCCAUUGUUUAUGAGCCAACAAAUGAAGCCCACUCUGUGUUAGUAGCCCUUUAAAGCCUUGUAAAAACCAAACCACUGGAUCCUAUUAAUCUUUGGCAGGCAGCAGAGCACUGCUUUGUGGUUUCCUGUACAUAGAGAGUGUUUUAUGUUUGGCCAUCUCUACUUUCUUCUGCUGUAUUCUUUUUUUGGAAAGGGAAAAAAAAAGACUUUUACCACAUUGCAUUUGCUUAAACCAAGAUGAAAUUGCCCCCCGCCCCCGCCCACUCUGCAUUUACUCUCAAAAACACAGAAGCAUUUGGAACAAAGAAUGACCAAUUAAUUUUUUUAUACUCAUCAUGGUAUAUAAGGUUACGGUCAUUUUACAACUGGGAAAAGGAGGGUGCUACUAAAAUUGAACUAAAUAAUAGGGAGUUAAAUUAUGCAGCUCUUUAACUGUAUUCCAGGGUUUUUGCCUUACUUUCUUAGAAGAGAGUGUACAAGUUUUGUUUAAAAUGCAAUGUAUAGACAGUGAAGGCAUGCUCUAUUUAUUUAUUUAAAAUAUUAAAAGGGCCCAAGGACCUGAUGAUGUUGAAAUUUCAUGGUCUUAAUUUAUGUAGCACUAAUAGGCUCAUUUGCGCUUCGAGAUCCCCAAGCACCCCCAAGAAAUGAGACACAGUGACACAGGAUUUUAGUUUAAGUUAUUGGGCAAAAUUUAGGCCACAACUUUAUUGAAUACAGAAUGUGAGUGGUAUUGGCUUAGGCAUUGGAAUCACCAGACUAUAUUGGAUUCCCAACCGCUUUCAUGGUGAAUCCGAUAACAAGGGUGAAACACGGCCAGCAGGAGAGAGCACCACCCUUGUGGAUGGGCUUGAGCUCCCCUCGGUGCCCCCGUGGGGUCCUGGUAUGGCCCUAGGCCCAGCGCUAGGACAAGACCCAGGCCAACCCCGAUUCCUUUAAUGCAGCAGUUCUCAACCUGUGGGUCCCCAGAUGUUGUUGGACUACAACUCCCAUCUUCCCUGGCCACUGGUUAUGCUGGCUAGGAAUGAUGGGAGUUUUAGUCCAACAACAUCUGGGGACCCACAGGUUGAGAAACACUGCGUUUAAUGGAAUACCCUUGAGCUUGGAGGGGUAGGUGAUGGCCGCCACUUCCUCUCCCCACCAUUGCUUAUCCAAUGCCUAACCGCCAAACCUUACAAAGUUGUGACAAUUGCUACGGUGGUAGGCGAAAACCAAAUGGUCCUGCCAAUUCGCUAGAUGGAAAAAUUCCUACCAGGCCCCCAUUACAAAACAGGCGACCAAUGAAGACCAUAGCAAGGCCAGACAAACCUAAAUACAGUGGUACCUCGGGUUAAGUACUUAAUUCGUUCUGGAGGUCCAUACUUAACCUGAAACUGUUCUUAACCUGAAGCACCACUUUAGCUAAUGGGGCCUCCCACUGCCGCCACGCCACCAGAGCACGAUUUCUGUUCUCAUCCUGAAGCAAAGUUCUUAACCUGAAGCACUAUAUCUGGGUUAGCAGAGUCUGUAACCUGAAGCGUAUGUAACCUGAAGCAUAUGUAACCCAAAGUACCACUGUAAAGGGAGGGCGGGCGGGGGAUCUGCUGCGUGAAGGCAGAGAGGACCGGCAAAUGACGCACAGGGUUAUAUAUUGUUCCCCGGCCGCCCCCCAAGCCAAGAAAUGGGCUUUAGGACCCAAGCAACCAGGGAACAACCAACCGGAGUGGAGCAGGGCAUGGCCCUCCCACCCCAGCAGGUGGGGGGUGCUCUAAGGGCCCGAGUGCAACGCGAUCCCUCUUUGUUGAGGAAUUGAUUUCACACAUUAUACAGAUGGCCGGUUCAGAGGUAGCACUAAAUGAUAUCUUCGUAUUCCAUGAAUAAACUGCAGUAAGCCUCAUAUUUGUACACCUCCCACUCCUUCUCAGGCUCGCAGAAGAGAAAGCGAUCGAAAUCUGUUGCUUUCUGUUUUAAACUAACCAGAGUUCCCCAUUAUAGCCAAUCAUUACAUCCACAGAGAACUUUGGUAAAUUUAAACCAAGGCUAUUUCAUUUAAACCAAGCCAGAAUCAAACCAUGAUUUAUAAACCUGGCUUGAUCACUAACCAUGGUUCGUAAACUAACUGGAGUUUCCCAACUUCCCACAUAAUCUAGCUGGCUUGAAAUCAGAAGCAGAUGUUUUUCCUAUUUUUGACUGCUUCAUGCCAGAGGUAACUGGAAACCCAAGGGUUGCCAUGGUUUGUGCCCAUAAUGCUAAACCAUAGUUUAGCAUCACAUCUGAACUGGCUCCGUAUAUAUUAUCUGAGUUUGCCACAAGGAGUACAUUCAACUGGGAGAUGUAAGAUACACAUGCUUUCAAACAGAUUCAUACUUUAGAUAUACGCUUCAGUGGGUAUAUAUGCAUGGCUGCUUCUCGUUUCCCAUGAAUAAAUGAAAGUAAUUCCAAAAGAUAGCAGGUUCUGACUCCAAAUAAUAGUACCGGUAUUUCAGGCUGUUAAGAGGACAAUGGUUCCUCCUCACGCUUUGCACCUUCUUAUGUUGAAAAUGCUUCUAUGUAGGAAAAGAGAAAAGACCCUGUGUCUAGAUCUACAUCUUUUUACUUUACGUUUCCGGGCACAAUUCAAAGUGUUGGUGCUGACCUUUAAAGCCCUAAACACCCUUGGCCCAUUUCCGAGGGCCUUCUGGUGGUUCCCUCCCUGCAAGAAGCAAAGUCACAGGGAACCAGACAGAGGGCCUUCUCGGUAGUGGCGCCUGCCCUGUGGAACACCCUCCCACCAGAUGUCAAAGAAUCCUGUUUAGGGAAGUUUUUAAUGUUUGAUCUUUUACUGUGUUUUUAAUAUCUUGUUGGAAGCCACCCAGAGUGGCUGGGGAAACCCAGCCAGAUGGGCGGCGUAUAAAUAAGAAGUUAGUAGUAGUAGUAGGAUUUUAUUAUAUUCCAUGCUGUUUGGUCUGUGGCUGUUUGUUUCUUUAUACUGAUUUUAUUGUUUAUGGCUUUUAACUUUGCAAGUUGCUCUAAGUACCGUCAUAGGGAUUGAAGUGCAGAGUAUUAAAUAUUAAAAUAAAAUGAAUGAAAAUAUAAAGUACAUAAUUGCUGCAUGCUUGUAUGCAUUGCUGCAUGUGGAAUAAGCAUACAUAGCAAUUAAUCGCAAUUGAGUUCUUCUAAGGCUUCCUUCCCUUAAGCAACAUCUGUCGUUCUGAGCAUGAGUGGCAAACAUUUGGCAUCAACCUCUGUGGUUUUUAUCCCUGCUCAUCCAUGAAUAAACUCACUUUGUGACCCUCAGGCAAAUUGCUGACUCUCAGCUUUAAUUCGUGGCGUGCAAAAAUAAUUGGCUGCUUUUAUAUUUCACAGUGUUCUAAGGAGGCUGAGUGAUCUAGAUUGUAGAACACUUUGUACUUUAGAAGGCUGAUAUUCAGUCUUUAAUAAUGCUUUUCUAUAGUGCUUUCAUAAGAACAUAACCCCACAAUGUUGUAAACGAUCCAUAUGGGGGCGUUUGACGCUUUACUCCAUCUCAUCGAUCAUUCUGGUUGCCCUUCUCUGAACCUUUUUCUGCUCUACAGUAUCCUUUUUUUGAAGUGAGUUAACCAGAACUGUACACAGGAUUCUAACUGUGUUCUUACCAUAGAUCUGUAUAACUGCAAGUGAAAAUUCACUCCCUUAUUUUUGGAUAGGAAAGGUAUGCACUGCAAAAUAGGUCAGUGACUCAGCCUAAUGGUUUUUCAGUAGAAUAAAAGGCUUUUCAGGACAAAUCAGCAGGAAAUUUGCUGGGGCAAAAUGAGUUUCCAUUGCAAGGGCUCGGCAUCUGCCUGUGUGUGUCCAAUACAUUUGGCUAGCUUGCUGGUUUUAGCUGCUCAUCUUCCCAAGCACGCGUAGGUGGUGUCUCUGGCUUCCAUUUGCCUGUUGUGGGCGAGCUGGUGACCUCCUUGGUUAGGAAAACUUUGUUUGCUUGGUUUAUACGGAACUACUACGAAGUAACAACAUGCUUUGGGGGCUUAGCUGCAAGCACUGGUAGGUGGAACAAUAGUGACUCCAGCAGCAAAGGUUUAAAAAUGUUUGCAGAACAGUGAGAAGCCUAGGUUGCUGUGAUUUUAAUAUAACAGUUGUAAUUUUCUUCUAAUACAUUGGCUCAGGAGCAACUUAAGCUUCGCAUUCCUGCAUUUUUUGAUUAUGGCCUACAUCUGGACUUCCUUGGGGAAAAGGUAAAGGGAUAUGCAUUUGGACUCUGAACUCUGCAUUUUCUGGUUUUGUAACAUUUAUAAGAUCCAUCCAUCUUUAGCCUUUGCCUUUGAGAGCUUGGCUUAAACAGAGCAAUCCUAUGUGUGUCUUUGUCUACUCAAAAGUAAGCCUCACUUAGUUCAACGGGACUCUCUUAGUUCAAGUGUGUAUAGGAUUAGAGCCAAAAUCUAGGGUUGUGCAAGAUUGGUUUGGACUCUGAUUGGGUGCUUCAGAAAACAGAUUGCCUCAGUCGGACUCCGUUCAAGCCUGCUUCAUGUUGAACCCUCAACCUCAUUCACUGCAGGGAAAUUUUUAAAAACCACAGCUCUAACUUUUUCUUUUCAUGGAAGUGGGUAAAAUUUGCAGGCAAAUUUUCUAGGGUGGUUGAAGCCUGCCAAAGUGUAGGCAAAAUAAGUCCAGAGGAUUUUGCGCUGGGCACCUUGUUUGGGGAGGAAUAGCUAAAAGGGAUUUGCUUUCCAGGUAAAAUCUUCCGCCCUGUUAUAAUGGAGCUCUGUCCGGUCUUGUGCUUGUUGUUCUUCCCCCAUCACCCACUCCCUAGUAUGUUUAGAGACGUGGCUUUUGCUUUAAUGAAAUACUUGUCUGCAGCAUUUUUUGACAUCAGGAUAGCUGAGGUGCAGCAAAGUAUUUCAGGAGUCCCUGCUUUGAGUUGCAUUGCUUCAUAGAGAUUCCCCUUCAUCUCUCAGAGGCCAAAAAUCCCUCUGAGGCAUCAUACUUCACUUGGGAGUUCUCCAGAUAUCACAUCCAUACCAACAUCUGUUAAGUCUUUUAAAGCAGCCGUGCAAAUAAGUCUAUACAGGUGGAAUAAAUCCACAUAAAUUUUUAGAAGCCUCCCCGUUGACAUCUUCAAAAAAGGACUUACUACAGCAUUUUUCUCCUGUUGAGGAAGCCUUGCCUUCACAAUGCAUUUGCCAAACAUGCCUGUCAAGGAUUUGAACACCAGUGCAUUGUACCUCUAGGGAAGGGGCACAUCGAAAGAGUCAUGCUCCAUGACAUCCAUGGAAAAAAAAUAAUCCACUAAUAGAAACUCGAGGACUCUUCCAGCCUGCAGUCAAUUCGGACUCUCCAUAGGUGACUCAGCUUUAUGGUAUCAAAAUGCUCACCUGUUUUGGUUUUUUGCUACAACCAGUUAGUGUAAUUGUUGUUGCUGUUGUUGUUGUUGUUGUUGUUGUUGUUGUUGUUUAUACCCUGCCCAUCUGGCUGGGUUUCUCCAGUCACUCUGGGUGGCUCCCAACAAAAGAUUAAAAAUACAUUAAAACAUCAAUCAUUAAAAACUUCCCUAAACAGGGCUGCCUUCAGAUUUCUUCUAAACGUCAGAUAGUUAUUUAUUUCUUUGACAUCUGAUGGGAGGGCGUUCCACAGGGCGGGCGCCACUACCGAGAAGGCCCUCUGCCUGUUUCUCUGUAACUUCGCUUCUCGCAGUGAGGGAACUGCCAGAAGGAGACACUUCUUCAGGUAUACUGGGCCGAGACCAUUUAGGGCUUUAAAGGCAACACUGAAUUGUGCUCGGAAACGUUUGGACAGACUACCAAAAAACCCAACUUCUUAAUCAUCAUGUAGCAUGUUGCAAUAAAGAAUGUGUGGUAAAGAAAAUCUGUUACAAAUUCAACACAUCUUCUUUCUCUGCCUCUUCUUCCUCACGCAGGCUUACCUGAUCAGCUGCGUAUGGAACUGUUAUCGAUACAUUAACAACAGAAACAACUCGGAUGUCCUGGUCUACAUUACUACUAAUGACACAGCGGUAAGGAAGUCAAAAUUAAAUGGGGCUCUGACGGCCUUUGGGUGUAGAAUGUAGCCAUGAAACCACUUUCUUGUCUAGCCUGUUGUUGUUGCUGUUGACUUCUGUUUCCAGUUACUUUGGGGGAGCUCCCAUUUCUGAUGCACUCAAGAUGAUGGUAGCACCUAGUACAGGUACUGUAAUAUCCUCUGGACCAAACGCCCCAUCAGUGCAUUGGUGUGGAGAAAGCAAUGUCUUGCUUAGCUACAUUGUAAACUGCUGCUUUCUAGAGCUGAUUCACACAAACAGGAUAGGCAAGCGUGGUUCCCUCUCAUGCAAAUUGCAGCUGAGUAAUGAAGGGCUGUCAGCCAAAUCAGUCUUUUUGCAAAAGAGAUUAGAGUAAUUCAUCAGCUGUGGUUAAAUGGAGCCUCCUCUCAUGGCUCAGAGGCAAUAUGCUUGCUUGGGAACACCAUUUGCUGGGGCGUGUGAGGGUUCAGCAGGUUCAGACACAAUAGGAAGCAAUGGUUAAAUUAACCCUGGAGGUGUUGGAUUGCAGUGUGAUAAAAAGGGAGAGGGCAGCAUGAGAACCAAGUGCGCAGGCACAAAACUGAUGCAUAACUCCACUUAGUAAAGCCAUAGUACACCCAAGGGAUGUUCACUUUGCAGUCUUUUACAACCACCAGGCACAGACCUGUGUCUGUGCUAUCCAUGUUGUUUUGUGGAAAACAAGACAACUUUCAAACAGUUCUUGACUCUCCGCCUGCUCCUCCUGCUCCAUGUCCUCUUCCUUCCUUAAACAUUCUGUGGUCCCUGGAAUCUAGGAAGCCCUGGGGGAAGAGAAUGUGUCACAGUGACAAGUCCCUACCCCAAACAUUGAUGCAUCCUAUUCCGGAACAUUUUAAUGUCAUUUCAGCAAUAGAGCUGCUUUGUUAUGACUAGGACCUCUGAUGGUCCACACCAAUGUGUUGGAAGAAUCUAAGGUUCUUCCCCACAAUCUCUGCUGCAGAUGAGGAGCUACCAGCCAUUUUCUUGGAUAUAUUAUCUUAAUGAGUCCCAGAUGAUCUCACUGCAGCACAGUAUAUAUUUUAUGCAACUGUAUCUGCUAAACGUAUGCUGCUUGCCUAAAGAGGGAGCCCUUUUAUUUUCCUAAAAAUAAUAGAGGACUUCUGUAAUUGGGCAGCCAUAUACCCGUGCACAUGGAAAAUGUACAAAUGUGCGCUUAAGAAUGUUUUGGCAGUGCAGCGAAUUUGAGGUUAUAAAUUAUCUCAGGGCGGUCCAGCUUCCAUCUGUAAUCACUCCAGGGUGGUUUCUAAUGGAAAUGCUCAUAGAUAAACAUUUAGGUUGCUUCCUGCCCAGGCGAAGAGGGAGGCACUCUGGAGUCUACUUCUUGACAGAUGAUAAUGCAUUAAGGAAAGCUUAAACAAGCGGCACAUGGCCUGUGUGCUUCAGACAGAAUCUCCAAGCCAUGUUCUGGUUUGUAAAAACCAGAGCAGCAUGCUUGUACAGUAUUCUAAGAACAACAAUGUUAAUGCAAGACAUGGUUCUCCCCAAGUGGUAGAGUGAAGAAUACAAGGUAUGGAGUCCUUCUCAGAGUCUCAGAGCAUGUUUACAGGUCCACUGUGGGGGCUAGUGCCUGCCAUUGCCAAUGAUCACAAGCAGUUCUGGGGGCAGAACUUGACAUGGGACCCUGCUCUUGCUUCUGAAGUUUUUGUUAUUUUUCUACUGGGAUGAUUUUAUUCGCACUUAUUAAUCACUUUUAUUUGCAAGACGUAACCCAAAGUAUUAUGUACAAAAUAGUACAAAGUUUGAAGCUGGUAAAAAACCGAAAUAGAAUAAAAACCUAAAAACACAUUUGUACAUCUAAACGACAGGUCUUACACAUUCUACCCACUGAAAGAGGCCACAGAUAUAUAGAACCCUCCAAAGCAGCCUUUCUCAACCUGUGGGUCCCCAGAUGUUGUUGAACUACAACUCCCAUCACCCCUAGCUAGCAAGGCCAGAGCUCAGGGAUGAUGGGAGUUGUAGUCCAACAACAUCUGGGGACCCACAGGUUGAGAACCGCUGCUCCAAAGUAAGGGCCAGAGCCCUAGGUAAAGAAAGAAAGAAAUCUUUGCCUGGUGCCUAAAAGUAGACAGCGAUGUUGCCAGCCAUACCUCCCUGAGGAGAGCAUUCCUUAAGCAUGGCGCCACCACUGAAAAGACCGGUUCUCAUGUCGCCAUUCACCACACCUCCCUUGGAAGGGGCACAUGAAGAAGGGCUUUGGAUACUGGAUGCAGGAUCUAGAUUGGUUCACAUGGAGAGAGGUGGUCUCAUUGGGGUCCUGAGCCACACAAGGCUUUAUAGGUCAAAACCAGCACUUUAAAAUGGGUUCGUGGUUAAUGGAAUGGUUUCAUUGAAAUGUAUUUUUAGUGUUUUGCCUUUUUGGCUUUUAACCUUUUUUUUGUAAGCUGUUUUGUAAUAACUCACUAAUAUGUCAAAUAAUAAAAAGGACAAAUGGAAUGGGCAUGCUUGCCUUUUCCCAUACUUGUCCCCCCCCCAUUCCACUUGCAUUUAAUUUGACUGCACAGGCAGAGCAUCAUAGCUCCCUAUGCAUGAUGCAGCAGCCCCAUCAAUCUGCACUAAUCUGUUGGUGUCCCUGGGUGGUCUUUUAAUAUGUUUGUGUAGCCGCAGAUACAUCACCACAAUAGGGCUUGGGGGGGAGGGAACCUAAAGUGAAGCAGGUGGUCAGUUUAAUGACCUGGCCUCUCAUGUUUCUCCUAAGCUCUUGACUAUUUGCUCCAUUACAAUGCUUGGCUGAAGGAAACAAAGGUUUGAUGCUGCUGCUAGCUCUUCACAGCUGUGCUGGUGUGGAAGGAAUGUCUCCUGAGACAAAACAACAAGAGGACUGAGAAGCAAAUGUCUGGUUUAUUUUUAUUUUUUAAGUGCAGUUUUGUUUAAACCCAAUAUGUCUGCAACAUGUUGCGUGUGUGCUGCUCUCUCCUUGUGGAAUUUAAAGUUUGGAGUUGCUAAUCUUUAGAGGUGUUGAGCACAAGUCCAGCCUUAGUAGUACUGAUUCUGGAAUUACUCCAUCAGCCACCUUGAACGAAGGUGUGGCAGAAGGAAAAACACUUAACACUUGGGGAUGUUCCAGCCUGAUGCUGUAGAUCAGCUUUUGGUUCUGUGUCAGAAAUGUUUACAGUGCAUCGGCUCAAAUCCACAACUGCACUUGGCCUCUGACGCCUCUUCCUUAUACUUCUGUUUUCAUUAUCUUGCUCUUUUCCUUGCCUCCUCGCCUCCCUAGCUAUGCAGAGCAAGGAUUCAGCAGCAGACUCUGGUCCAUACUGGGUGCCAUUUCCAGAUCAUUUGUGUACUGCCUGGGUUCUAGCCAACAACAGAUGGCAGCUUACACAACCAAUAUUUCCAUUUCCCUGCCCCCUGCAGCCCUCAGAAAGCUUGGAGCAAUCUACUGAACGUAGUUGGAUAUGUUUUACAGGACUGCUGAGUGGGAGGGUUAGAAACUGCCUGACGUUGACAACCUUGUGUGAGUAGUGUAAGAUUGGUUACCCGACUCACUGUCAAGCCAAAUUAUAGGAAUUGCUAGGAAGAAAAACUGGGGCAGUACCAUGUACCAGUCCCUCAGCCCCUUGAAGAAACAAAAAUGGGAUACAAAUGUAUUUAUUUAUAUUACUUUUAUAUACCACCUUUUUUCUUCUGAGGAGCUCAAGGUGGUAUACAUGGUUCUCCUCCUCCCCAUUUCAAACUCACAACAACCCCGUGAUGUAGGUGAUAUAAGAACUUCAAACAUUAAAAACUUCCCUAAACAGGGCUGCCUUCAGAUGUCUUCUAAACGUUAGAUAUUUGUUUAUUUCUUUGACAUCUGAUGGGAGGGCGUUCCACAGGACGGGCGCCACUGCCGAGAAGGCCCUCUGCCUGGUUCCCUGUAAGCUCACUUCUCACAGUGAGGGAACCGCCAGAAGGCCCUCGGCGCUGGACCUCAGUGUCCGGGCUGAAUGAUGGGGGUGGAGAUGCUCCUUCAGGUGUACAGGACAGAGACCGUUGAGGGAUUUAAAGAUCAGCACCAGCACUUUGAAUUGUGCUCGGAAACCUACUGAGGCUGAGAGGCAGAAAACUUGGUAAUAGAUUCGCAUGAGUCUUUGUGGAUUUUUACAUUUUCAAAACUGAUUCUUUCCUUUUUGCUUCUCCCCAGGUGUUGCUGCCACCCUAUGAUGAUCCUGCAAAUGGCGCUGCCAAAGACCCCCCACCACCUUAUGUGUCUGCAUGAGGAGCCGUGUGUGCGAGCGAGUGUGUGUGCGUGAAAUGUACCUAAAGAACAAAUAGCUUUACUUUUCACGACACCUGAGCAAUAGAUUCUUUCAUUUUUCAGGACAGGUGUAUUAUCUCCCAGGUUGUCUUUAUUGCUAUUUUGCUGUAGAUUAUUCAAAAGAAAAACCUAUUUGCCUAAAGCAGCAUUGAACUGGCUUGAGAACCAUUUUGAUUAGCUAAAGUGAUAAUCGUUGCAAUGUAGGUUUGGGUUUUUUUUGGGGGGGGGUUCACAUCUUCUCCUGCAAAUCUAGAAAAUAUCUAGGGGUGUAAACUGUAGUGUGGAGUUUUGUUUCUGUUGUCUUCUUAAUUUCUGGAUCAUGCCUCAGGCUGUGACAUUGUCCUUUAAUCCACAAUCAUAAAACAAAACAGAAGGUACCCUGAACAGUUGAGCUUAUAUUUAUUUCAUCAGGAAUAUUUGGGACCUUUUUAAACACAUUUCUCAGCUGUGGUAGCAAAAGCUUGUGUCCUCAAAGCUCAAAAUUUAACAAAGUGGAUAGCUACCCUGAGGUUUGAAGAAACAAAUUUUCAUCGUUCUACAGCAGAGCUGUGGUUGAGAACACAAUUUUUUUUAUAAAGGUCUAGCUCAGCUAUUAGUAAAAAGAAAAAGAUUGCUUUGAAUUGUGCUCUGAGCGCAAAGGUGCUUUCUGACUGGCUAAUCACUCAGAAAUGCAGAGGGGAAGUAUGUGUAUUGGAGGAGCUCUGGGCAUCAAGAUUAGAUUGAACUUUUUGCUACAGAAAUUUUGGCUCUUGCAAGCACUUUGACCUACUACCCUCCUGCCCUAGAAUUGGCCAGUUCAGCUGUAAGUGAGGCCACUGGCCCCUUUUUUUGCCCUUUCUCUUGCCAGCAGUCUUAAUGUGGUUCUCCAGACCAAAGCUCCCUUUUUUCAAGUCAACUCCAAAUCUGGAUCCCUAAGUGGCCUGGUCUGGGGACCUUGAAGUUGCACAGAUGUGGCUUUUGAAGGCAUUGCAAAUACUGCCCGCAUCCCUGUUGAUGCUGCAACUAUUUUCUGUAGUGGGAAGUCUAAUGUUAACAUCAGUUCCCUACCCACUCUAGGCCUGUUCACUCAGGAUGCUUGUAAGAAGUACCUCUCUCUCUCUCUCUAUAGAUACACAUUAAAAUAGGGGUCUGUAUGUAUGUGUAAAAGAGAGAGGUGAAAAACACACGUUUCUGACACUUGACAUGGAUUGGCAAAUACAUUUCCUACUGCUUUAAUCUGUGACCCUAAGAUUAAUCAUAGGAAGCAGAGCUGGAAAACAUGAUAGAGUUGCAGGGUACCACAUCAUGCAUUGUAUCAAGAUGGUGAACCCAGUCACAUCUAUGGCAAAUCAAUGUGCGAGUGAAAAAAAGGGGGCAUAGUCUCUAAUCCAGAUUAGAUUUAUUAUGGAAAUUCUGUGUUUCAGCCUUUGGCCAAGUGAUUCCUUCUCUUCUUAUGAUAGUUCUGAUAAUUUAUUUUGCCUGUUGAUGUCAUCCCAUCCGACAAUUGCAAACAAUGGGAAGAAACCACUUUGAAAUUUCUUUCAUUUCUGUGGAAGACAAGCAAGUGCAUAAACCUCCCAUUGAAAGCAGUGGUGAUUUUGAAAUGCUAAACUUUGUAUGGAUUGUGUGCAGUUUGAUUUAAGGUUAUGCCAUACGUUCUUUGGAGUCAUUGGGUCUGGUAAACAAUUAAUACCUCUUUGAGUAUCCAAAAUGUGAAUCUUUUUCCCAUGGGAGUCCGCUUGUAAAUAUAGCACUUUGGGGACCAUAUGCUAAGGAACACACCAGUUGGGAUAAAUUAUUUCUCCCAGUUGUAUCUUUGGGGACAACACUCUGUGCCCAUCAAAUAUAUGUAUAUCUAGCUAUCUGCUUAAGUGUGAGAAUAUUUGGUCCUCUUGUUUGCAUUUAUAAACAUUCUAGUGAGAUUCAUUUGUUAGUGCCCUGUUAAGUAUUACUGUGAAUUAUUAGCAUUUCUAUAAGUGCUUUAGGUUCAAAGCACUGCGCACUCGUUAUCUUCUAACCUUACAACAGCCCUGUAAGGUAGAUCAGUAUUAUUACCUUCAUGCUGCAGAUGUGGGGCUGAGGCUAAGAGUGGCUUGCCUAAUGGCCAGCUUGUUUGUUCAUAGCAGAGUCAAAGCUCACAUCAGGGACUUCCUGGUUUGUAUCCUAAGUCACUGGGAACCAAACUACAAAAUAAUGCUAGCUGCAUUUUUUAAACAAGCAUGCUUAUCCUGGCCAAUCUUACCUUUAAGAGAAGCCUCAAAGAGUGCAACUUAGCAUGCUCCCAGCCCAGUCCAGAACUGUGCCACUGUUUCUCUCCUGGUGACUUUUUGCCCUCCAAAGUUCUGUAGUGCUUAUCCCAGACAGCACCUUUGGAAAGCAAAUAAUGGAUGUGUGUGACCUGGGUGGGGAGCAGUUUCCAACAGGAAUCCUGCACUGGGUCCCUAUUGAGGAAAGCAUUCCAGGUCAGGGCCUUCAGCUGCUUUUUGUCCAAAAAGAAAGCAGUCGUGUUGAGCAAGCAUCACUAGUGUCAUGUGUAGUUCAAUCGGAACCACCCACUGCACUGUUGGGUUGUGUGCAGAGUGCAGUCAGCUCAACAGCAGAUUGUGUCAUCGAACCCAGUGGUUGUAGAAGGAAAUAGGCCAGGAAGUUCAGUAAGGUCAGCAACAGUAUGUUUUACUAGCAGGUAGUAGAAGAACAGUUCUUUAGCAUUCUUUUCUAGGGUGUGUGUGUGUGCGUGCUAGAUUCUACAUAGCUUGUUGCUGAACAGGUGUUCCAACCCACAUUAGAGGUGCCUGGCUCGUGUGUGUGACGUCAUGUACGUCACACACAUGACAUCGCACAGCACGACACAGUGAACACAUGACAUCACAUGGUGCAAUGGGGCCCGUCACAGCCUCUGAAAGGCCCUGCAAAUUGGCAGUGAUCAAAUGGAGAAUAAAGUAAAGGCACUGAAAGUUACGUGACAUCUCUCUUCCGCCCCAGAUGGCUGAAAGGAAAUCCUGUGGCCAGGGCACCACUGUGAGUGCCUAAACACCCUGUGCAAACCAUUGAUGACUUUAUGCUCACCUACCAACUGGGCAAUAAUAUGUUCCAAUUUAGUUUAUAAACUUAUCAGUGCAUUGAUAUGUAACCCUCCUCAUUGAGUUAAGUAGGUAGGCAUUGAGUUUUUGUUUGCUUUGCAAGGCAACAUGGAAUCUUUGUAGACAGGUUAAAUUGUAGGAUUUUAUUUAGCUUUGGCUUACCUGGACCAGAUACCAUACUAGGCAUUUGUUUGGUUUAGCUAUUUAUUAUUAUUUUUUUGGAAUAUUAAGGAACAUAUGAAAAUAAGUGCUUGUGCAUAUUUCUCAUUCAAAUCUUCUGUGUAAACAAAUCAGUCUCUAAUAAAAAGGGAUGUUUCCUCAUG